GAAGCUUUUCAAAGAAGCCAGCCAGUGGGAGCCAUGAGUGCCAUUUAGCCAGAACCUGAGUCAGGUGGCAGGGAGAGGAUCCUAGUGGUGUGGGCAUUUCCUGUUCCAUUUUCUUGGGAGAUGGGACAUCUUCUGGGGGUUUUCCACAUGAAGCCCCGCCUGCCAAAGACAACCCUCGAACAUGAUCCAAGGUCAUAGAAGCCCAUGCUUAGAACUGGCCAGCAAUCCUUUAGUCAAGCCACUUACUGGGUGGGGAUUUAGAAUGUUGAACGGCACCCGCUGUGCAUCAGCUGGGUGCUUAAGCAGGCAUUGCUCUCAACUCUCAGCACCCAGGGGUCACCCAGUGCAUGGUGGGCCUCCCUCUCUCCCUCUUAGCCUCCAGCAGUCCAGAACUUGGCAGCAUGAAGGCUCUGCCCCCCAAAAUGUGGGACCAGGGCUUGCUAUGGUUGUGGACCCUCAGCCAGAAAGGACAGAAUAAUGCUUCAGGAACCGGGACUGGCGAGCCAGGUCCAGAGGCUCAGGCCUGGAACAAAGUAGGUGCUUGAUUUACAUCCCUAUAUAUGGUUACUGGGUUGGCAUGCUUCAGACAGGAGCAAAAAACUGGUGUGUAAUUCAGAGGGUAGGGCUGAGGUGAGAGGAAAGUUUUUUCACCUGGGGCCCACAUGAUGUUCCACCUGGCACCACUGUCUGCUUCAUGCUCAAGUGAGCAGGGACCUUAGAUGUUCAUGCCCAGAUACUAAACCACAAAAUGAAGAGCCGUCAUCAUGUUCUUGAAUGACUCUCCUCUGCCUUUUUCCUGCAGAGCAUCAAAGUCAACACAGAGUAAUUCUUUUUCUGGCUAGCACCUUUAGAAUUUGGUGAGUACUGCUGUGUGGUUUGUCCCACAUCAGUUCCUAGACUUCCACUUGGAACAGCACAGCUCCCAAGAGUGAUAAGGAUCUUUGGGGCAGGCUCCUUUUCUGGAAGACAAAAUUUGACUUCUUUCUUUCUUUACUAAAUUUCUGUCCCAUCCUUCCUUCCCAAGGAGCUGGGGACAGCAAACUACAAAGUAAGAAAACAAGGCAAUUAAAAACAAAACAAAACAAAACAAAUAAAAAAAAUCAAAUGCACCACAGGACAUUUUAAAAAUUACAGUAUCUAAGAAGAAUGACAAACAGUUGCACACCCUCACACUUAAUAAUUUCAAGUUUCUUCGAGCCAUCAAAUGAUUGGGUGGAGAGAAAUGUUCUUAAAUUCCUUCUGAAUGUUAAGAGAAGGGAGGAAAAGAAGAGAAACAUCCCUUACCAGGGUGGGCAUUUCACCAAUGGGGGGCCACCACUGAGAAGGACCUGCUGUGGUCAACAGGCAGCAGGCAGCACUGAACCCACCACCACUGGGGUCUCCCCUUCUGAUCCUAGGACCCAAGAUGGGAGGUAUUAGGAGAGGCACUCCUUUAGGCACUUGGGUACCUAAAAUUUAUAUUAUCAGAGAGAGAGCUAGACUUGAAUCCUUCUCUCUAGGCAUCAUUGCAAGAUACACAGCAGGUAUAUGGAGCCUGAUUUCAAUAUAAGAGAUGCCCCUCUCUACCCUUGCCUUUGACAGAAAAGGUGUCUUGUUUUGUGAAACCCUCUUUCAUCUAUAACUGUUCUGUUCCACUUGGAAUGGUCUUUACUUGUUGUAUCAUUAUAAUAGUUCUACCUGUUUUCCUAACUGUGCAGUAUGUUGGUAUAAUCCACACUGGGACAUUAUGAUGAAGGGUGGGCAAGAAAUAAUGUAUCUAUAUUUAUAAAUUUAUUUAUAAAUUUUGGACAUUGUAGAUUUGUCCUGGUCUGGUGCACAUGUAAUGUAUAUAUUUGUUUCUUGGGGAGGAGGAGUAGACAGAGCUUUAUAUUUUAUAUAAGUUUAUUUAAGUGUUUUAUAUAAGAUUCCCCUGCGAUCUUCAGACUGUAUAUAAUUUUUAUAGUGAUUUUAUUAAUUAUUAUAUUAUUAUUAUUUAUUACUUUUAUGAGUUGCUUUUUUGCAAUCAAAUGUCUCAAAAUAACUUGACAGAAAUCAAACACAGCACAGCUGAAAACAGUUUAAAGCCAUGCUAAGUUUAAAACAUUGAUGGUAGGUAAAAUGUUCAUCUAGCAACCUACUAAUACAGACCAUGUCCUGCCCACUGACUGAAACACAAGCAACACCACAGGAGGGAACCCUUACUUAACUGAAAGCCUUGGCCAGCAGAAUCAUGUAAAAGCUGUACAAAGAUGGCACCCGGCAAUUCUCUCUGGGAAGAGCACUCCAAAGGUAGGGGGCCACACCUCAAGAGGCCUGGUCUCGUAUUGGGGCACUUCCACAGAGACAUUGUUGGAUAAAUUUAAAAAGUGGUUCCUAGACUAGAGGUAUCCCUCCUAGAAACCUAAAAGAAAAGGAUGCAAGCUCCAAGUGAGAAGAUAGGCCUUUAUUAAAAUACAGUGGUACCUCGAGAUGCGAACAGGAUCCGUUCCGGAGCCCCGUUCGCAUCCUGAAGCGAAAGCAAUCCGUGUCCGUGCGUCUGUGCGUGCACAGGUUGCAUUUUGCUGCUUCUGUGCAUGAUGUCAUUUUGACCGUCUGCACAUGUGUGCACGGCGAAACCUGGAAGUAACGUGCUCCGUUACUUCCAGGUCGCUGCAGAGCGCAACCCGAAAAUACUUUACUUGAAGCACAUUUAUCCUGAGGUAUGACUGUACAAAUGCAAACAGGGCCAGCCCCAAAAGUAAGGAGGAGGCUGCAAAGAACCACAUCCAAAGCCAUGGGUUUUUCUUGUUUUUACACUUCCAGAUUGCACACAUCAUUUCUAUUCAAUACUAAAGGAUCACAGCAAUCUUAGCUGUUGCAACCCAGUGUCACCAUCCUGGACCAGUCAAAGUCAUUUGACUCUUCAGAUCAGCCCUCACCAUAAUAUCCUGUGAUUACAUCUAACCAUUCUUCAGCGUCUUUCUCUGUUAAGACUUUAACUAAUUUUCCUGUUGGUUAAAAGUCUUCCAAUGUCACCUUUCAUCCGUCUGCAAAACAAUUCAAGAUUAAUCACAAGAUUAAUUCUUUUUUUGUGCACCUUAGAUUCUAACAGCUUAUUCUUUUCAGUGUUCUGUAACGGACAUUAGCUACUUACAGUACCUAAAAUCAGCUAGUUCUGUACUGUAAGAGGCAGGUACAGGCUCUUUCAGUUUAGCUAGGCCAUAGACUCAAAAGAAAACAUAAUAACUAAAAUACAGUUUUAUGAAAAUAUUAUUUUUUCCAACAACAUCCCAAACUCACUCUUGGUGGAGAGGGGUCUGUUAAUGUCUCAUCAUCUUUGUCAUCAGAUAAUGCAUCUUUUUGUACGCCCUUACCCUUAUUCACCAUUUCUUUAUCAUCUGGGGCAGCAAGUCUGUACAUUCUCUUGCACACCUACCCUAAACUAAUCUCCAUUUCCUCGUUGUUCCUUUCCCUUAUCAAUGAUUCAAAGAUCAGAUUCUGUAGUUUAAUAGCAUCUAUCGACAUAUCCAUGGAGUCUGCAGGACACAGAGUUGCAAACCACACUUUGCCAACCUAGCGCCCUCCAGGGGUUGAUGUGCAUGGUGGUCCAUAACCUCUGGAGGGCACCAAGUUGCUGGAGGCUGCCAUACAUGGCACACUUUUUCCCUAGUCCAGGCUCCACCAACCAGAUGUUUUUGACAACUCACAUCAGCCCCAAGCAAAAUAUCUGGGGAUGCCAUGCCAGGUUGUUGAAAGCUAUGCAGAUCUGCCCAUCCUCGUCUCUUUUAGGGAAAGGCCAUCCUAUUUACUCUGGCUUUUAUAGUAUUCAGAAUCCCUUGAAUAGUAUAGCUGCAGGCCACCAUAAUCUCUUGAGUGGUGCAAGAUUCCAGGGGUUCCAGGUGCUUACCCAGGGUUCAUAUUUCCUUCAAGAAUGAGGCUCAGUGGCAACUGUGGUGUCUUCAGGGCUGGAUUUAGGUUUGAUGAGGCCCAAAGUUACUGGAGGUAAUGGGGCCCUUUAUAUGUCCAGCUGUCCUUUGUCAACAACAACUUGUUCCUGGUUUUUGUGUUGAAUAUAUGCUAUAUGGUAAUUGAUGGACCUCAUAGGUAUCUCAAGCCAUUUGCACAUAACAAAAUAUGUAGGUUUUAUUUAUUUUUUCUUAUAUUUUGGAAAUGUACAUCCAGGUUUUUUUCCUUUAUUUUUUGGGGGCCCCCCAAGAGAGUGGGGCCCUAAGCUAUAGUUUGCUUAGCUUACACGUGAAUUCGGCACUGGGUGUCUUCAUGAUAUAUGGGUUAUUUGAACACAUAUACCACUGGAGCCUAUGAUGGAGGGGCUCACAACAUUAACACCCCAGAAGGACUUGUUUCUCCCCUAGCCACAGUCUUGGAUUCCAGCAGAAAUCAGGCAUGGCUCUGCCUCCCAGCUGCCCAGGCUGCAGCCUGCUUGCUUCCAGCUUCUAGCUUGCACACACAACCCCCAACUCUGGUCUUUGUCUUUCUAACUACCAGCAAGUUGAGACCACAAUGUCCAUAUAAAACAUACCCUAAUAAUAAUAAAAGCAACACUCAGGCUCUCUACUUAAUAAACAAAACCUCAACCUCUCCCUAGUCCAAAAACCAUUCACAUCAGACCAGCAUUUCUUCCCCUUUAAUCCCCUACCCCACCCAGAACUCUGGACAGCUGUUGGUGUCAUUGGUGGAUGGGUACAGUGUCCUCCAGGGAUGGCUCCUUGCUCCUGACACAAUGGAGUGUCUGCAGUGCCAUACAGAAUCCUAGGGUGGGACUGUGGCUAGCUGGAAAGCAAAAUGGCAGCAUAGCUCUUUGUCUCCAAUCUAUGCAGACUGGAUCCCAGCAGUGUUGCGUCUUUUUUGACACCUGGGAUACAUGCGUGUGUGCUGGGCAGUGCCACAGAAGCCACUGCGCCAGGCCAGCCAUCACCACCAACACUGCUGAGCACACGUCCACCAGGUGCAGAGGGUUCAUGGAGCCCGUGCACCAGCUCAGCCCUGGCCACCUGAGCCAAGCAGGGCUGUGCCUCUGCCCACACAUGUGGAGCCCGGUGGACCAAUGCAGCUCUUGGUGGGCAAAUCCCCCCUGAUGCUGGCCAGGCAGCCAUUCAGUGAGGGGACUGGGGACACAGCAGCAGGCAGGGUGGGAUGGGACACUGUGCAGGGGCGCCUGGCUCACACCCCCAUUCUACGCCCGUGAUGGAUCCUAUUGACAUCUAAUCAAAAAGUUUUACACAGCCUCAGCAAGGUUAGAUCUUCAGGAAGAAGGUAGAGGGAGCUCUGCCUGAGUCUUCAGAGGAGGCCUCAGAUGCUGACAUGGCCAAAGGCAAUAUGAAGGACCAAGAAGGCAGGGAAGUUCUGCUACAAUGGAGUAGGACAGAGACUCAGAUGUGUACAAUAAUAAAAAAGGCAGGCACUGGCCUUGGACGGGAGAGCAGCCCCAGCUCUGCUUGAGCAGAAAUUUGAUAUGCUAUCUCACUAAAUGUCAGAUAUUAUUAAAGCAGCAAAUAAUGCACACAAUCUUGAUCUAACCAAUCUGUCGGUAAACAGCCUUGAAACUGUUGUUUAGCUUGUUUUCUGCUCUGCUCCUGUAACCUUGGGAGUGAUGGGGGGGGGGGCAGCCUGAAACGCACUCGGAAGCCUAGGCAACAUUGCUUCUCAAGGGUGCCGCUGAUGAAAUCUGCUUCCCCUGUUCCUCCUUCCAAGGAGAUUUCAGGUUCAGGGUUUGAAACCUGAGUUAGCCCAUCCUUGAUAAAAGUCAUGAAGGAAGGGCAGCCCACCUAGGGACCCUAUCUGAAUCAUUUGGAGCUCAUUCUGGAGGAAACACAAUGUAUGCAUUUCACACUUCAAUAGAAAUGUACAUGUAACCUUGUGACAUCCUUCCUGAAUCAAAAACAAACAAACAACAACACAAAAAACCAGACAGCUUCCAAAAUGAAUCAUAUCCCCUUCCUGGGCUCAGAAGACAAGGCCUGAGAGUUUGUCCCCUUCUGAAGAAGUAAAUUAUGAGCUGACUCCAAACUGAAAAUUCCAUGCAAAAUUUGAUGAAAUCUGUGCAACAGUGAUGAAAUAGAUGCCUCCUCUUGCUCUUGUGCAACCAUCUUGCACUCAUUGUCAACUGAUCUGACAGGUUUCAUUGGCCAUGGCAGGCACCAUUCAUCUUCUAGGUUGGUCUAUUUUGGAAAUGCACCAUUCAUUUAUUUUUAUUUUUCCCCUGAAGCAACACUGAUCUGUCUGCUUGGUCUACUUCCAUGCUCCCUUGACUGUUGAAACCCAGUGCCAAAUUCUCCAUACUAAUGUGAUACCUGCUUGGGAGACCAGCCAGUGCCCAGCUGAAGACUUUCCAGCAUUUUAGUUCCUGACUCCUCUUUCUGCAUGCCAUCCCUUUUUAUGUUAAGGGCAGCAUAGGAGCCAACUCCUAGGUGCUGGGGGAUCUUUGCCCCCCCUAAAAUAUUUGAGGAGGCCCCCAGGUUGAUGGGCAUUGCCAUUCAAAUAGUGUGCAUGCACUGUGUCAUGUGAUUGAUUAUGCAGGGUGGGGCUUACCUCCCCCCCCCCAAUAUAUUAUUCAAGUUGGCAUUCCUGAAAGGCAGAACAAAUUGAAACCUGAACCCCACAGAGCUGACGUGGUACCCUUCCACAAGAUGUGGGGGUGAGGAUUUCAUUGCCCUGCUCUGGAACUCUGUCAAGUGAAAAUGCCUUGACGUUGAUGCUGGACUACAACUCCCAUCUUCCUUGAUGGCUGCUCAUGCUGGCUGAGGCUGAUGGAGUUUGUAGUCCAACAACAUUUGGAACACACCAUGUUGGCUACCCAUACAGUCUGAUGAAGAGUGCUGGUGAACUCCAAAGCUUGCUCCCUAUUAAUUUUGAAUGCAAAUGUUGUAUUGGCAAGCUGAGAUAUUUCUAUACAUACUUUGCAUAUCUGCAUUCACUGGGUUUGGCGGGGGGAGGGUGGGGAGCGAGAAACCAGCAUGUUCUCGCAAACACUUGAUGACUAUUGCAAAGGAGUCCAUAAUUUUCCUAGAUGGGGGAACUCUUCUUCAACAUGUAUUGCAUAAAAACAAAUAAGGAAGGUGGCCAAAGGAGCACAAAAGGAAGCAGUCACAUUGGCAAAUAAUCUGGCAGGAUAAAGCAUCUAUUGACUUAUAGCCUCAGUUUCUACCACAUGCAGGUUGCUGUUGCUGAACAGGUUUGCGUGCUGUGUAUUGCAAUUCUAGUUAGGCAAGUUUAGAUUGAUACUUUUUAAAAAAUAAAAAUAAAAAUGGUUGCAUCACCAGAAAAACAACUCUGUUAACCACACAAGUCAGAGGAUGCACUGAGGACCAUAAGAAGGAAAUUGGAAGCAUUUCAUGAAAAAGUGCACUUCUCCAGUUAAGCCACCAUCUAAGGAUGGCUGCCUGUGAUGCUGGAGAGCUGCUGCCAUUCAGUGUUGCUGAUACUGGCCUGGAUGUGCCAAGGAUCUGACUCAAAAGGGUAAGAUGACUUCAUUUGCUCAUGUUGAACGCCUUGAGAUUUCACACAUCCACCCACACAGGUAAAUGGAGCAAAUUCCAGCUGGAUAUGGAAGUCUUUUAUGUUCUAUAGAAAAGCCUUUUCAGUGGCAGCCCCAUACCUGGUGAGCCACUAGCUUCUGUCUUCCCACAAUAAAAUUCAUAUCUCAGCACCUUUCCCAGCCUGGUGCCCCCCAGAUGUUUUGGACUACAACUCAGGUUAGCCAAGGCCAAGCUACUUUAUGGAACAUCUUGCCUCAUGAAAUAUACCUUGCUCCUGCAUCGAUACCCAAAGACCGUUGGAUUCUGGCAGACUUUUUAUGUUUUAGCCUUUUUUCAAACACCAACCUUGUCACCUUGCACAAUUAUUUUAUAUUGCUUCAAAUGUCAUUGCAAUGUUAAAAGCCAUAAGCCGCCCGGUGUGCUGGUUUUUUGCACCAGAAGAGCAGGAAACAAAGGUUUCAAAAAAGAAACAGAUUGUGCUGAUGUGCCACCGCAAUAUUUUACCAGAAUUUAUGAGCAAGUCAAAGAGAGCAUAUGUGCACCGAUUUAACCUCCUUUGAAAGUGACUUACAUUUUGAGUAUUUCCUCGUGAAUUGUGACAUUUAUUGUUUCUCUGAAAGCAAAGAUUUGGAGCCGCUCGCCAGGAGACGGUAGGCUGGCUCCUCACCUUCAGUGAAACCUAGAAGACCUCAUCAGCAUGUAUAAGGCUCAAGAAAUGUUUAGGAAGCCCCAUUCUGCGGCCAAAGGCCUUAGAAGUAUUUUUUGGCACAUUCCCAACCCCAACCCCCCAAUUAGAUGGGAAUGUGUUGGAAACUAGAUGGUUGGACUGAGACACCCUAGAGAAACUUCCCCCAUCAACUGCUGAACGGCUGUUUAUGUAAUAUGUAACAGCACAGGAACAAGAGGAAGGUUCAACAUUCCCAGGAAUGUGAGUCAAUCAAAAACUGAAACUGCCUGGGGAAAUUAAAAGAAUGAUUCAUGGAAGAAUCCUUGCACUGCCCAGAUCCAGGAAUUUUGGAAGAAGGAGGUGGACGACAGUGGCCUUGAGUAUCUCACAAGUAACAGCAAGUCCUGUUGCCUCUCAUCUGAAGAGCAGAGCGGUUGCGGUUUUCCUCCCCAUCUCGGCACUGGGCUGAGCAAAGAGAUUUCAAGCACUCUGCCCAUCCCAGCGCUGUGAUGGGGAGGAAAUGUCCCCUCAGCCCCUUGUCCUUUGCUGAGGAUUUGACAGGAGAGGGUUGCCAGCUGGUCACUGUGGUGCUCUGAUGUGUGCAUGUGAGGUGGGAGUUGGCAGUGGCCACAGCCAACACUGACACACUAGCCCCAGAUGGGAGGCAGGGGCCCUUUGGCUGCGGGAAAAGGGUUGGUCACUGCUGCCAUCUCUAAUCCCAGUGAACCCAGACAUGUUCUGCACCGUAAUGCAAAGCGGUCUGUGCAUCCUCCUCUGCUGCGCCAUCUCCAUUGUGGGUUUCUAUCACAGCGUCAGAAACCCAAGACAGGGGCAGCCUGUUCCUCUGUAUCAUUGCCAAGUCCAACAAUGCUCAACUCGGCUGAUGUCAAGGAUGAUAAGGAUGGGGAGAAAUCAGUCUCACUUGCAUUCCAAGGCGAAUCUGCCUGAUUUGCACAUGAUCCAAAACACAGCUUUCCAUCCAGAUUCUCCAAAUUCUGCAGUGCACUUCUCUAGCCAAGUAAUGUGUAUAAAAACACAUUCACUUGGGUAAAGUGUGCCUAAAAUGUACUAUUGGUUAAAAUAACGUGGAAAGAUGCUAAAGACACAUCUGUAGGCCCCUUCGUGGUCUAUUUCAGGACUCGCCUUAUUUCUGUGGCUGUAAGUUGUUUUAAACUGUCCUUAGCCAUUGUGUUGUAAUGGUUGUAACUGCCACAAGAACAUAAGAAUAGUCUGCUGGGUCAAGCAAGUGGCCCAACAUCCUGUUCCAUACCCUCCAACACUUCUCCAAUGAAAAUAGGGAUGUCCCAUUCCACAAUCAAAUCAGAAACUGGGACGGCUUCUCUAAAUCAGGGACAUCCCUGGAAAAUAGGGACACUUGGAGAGUCUGCUGUUCUCACAGUGGCCAACCAGAUGCCCCAGUGGAAAACCCAGAGGCAGGAUUCAAGUACAGGAGCACUUUCCCCUCCCUAGGAGGGCAACCAGAAGCACUUUUGCCUCUGACUGUGGCGGUAGAGCAUAGCCCUCCUGGCGAGUAGCCAUGGGUAGCCUUCUUCUCCUUGAGUUUGCCCAAUCCUCUUUUAAAGCCACCCUAGUUGAUUGCCUUCUGGUGGAGCAAGUUCCACACUUAGACUAUUUGCUGCUUGGAAAAAAUACUGUCUUAUAUCUUUCCUAAAUCUUCCAGGAUUCAGCUUCAUUCGAUGUCCACGAGUUCCAGUGUUAUGAGAGAGGGAGAAAAACUUUUCUCUACCCAUUUUCUCCAUGCAUUUGACUGCAUGCCAAGCAUAAUUUCACAAACUUCAGUCAUGCUGCUCCUUACUCACCUUUUCUCUAAACUAAGAAGUCUCAAAUGCUACAACAUUUCUUCAGAGGGGAGUCACCCCCACCCCCUUGAUUAUUUUUCAGUUGCCCUUAUCUGAACCUUUUCCAACUCCAGAAUAGCCUUUUUGAGGUGAGUCGGCCAGAACUGUCCAUAUGACUCCAAAUGUGGUUGCACCAUAGAGUUCUAUAAUGGCAUUUAUGAUAUCUGCCGUUUUAUUUUCAAUUCUUUUCCUAAUGAUCCCUAGCAUGGAAUUUGCCUUUUCUACAGCCACUGCAUACUGGCUCAACAUCUUCAUCAAGCUAUCUCAUAUGAAGGCCUGUCAUUUCCAGUUCAGAUCCCAUUAGCACAUAUGUGUUCACACUUCACACUUGUUUCCACUGAAUUGCAUUUGCUAUUUUACUGCCCAUUCCACCCGUUUGGAGAAGUCGUUUUGGAGCUCUUUGCAAUCUCUUUUUGUUUUAACAACCCUGAACAAUUUAGUGUCAUCGGCAAAUUUGGCCACCGUACUGUUUGUUCCUAACUCUAGAUCAUUUAUGAACAAGUUAAAAAGCACAGGCUCCCAUACCAAUCCUUAUGGGACUCCACUUUCUACUUCUUCCAGUCAGAGAACUGCCCCUGAUACCUCGUGGUAAAGGGAGGGCUAAUAAUAAUAAUAAUAAGCACUGCUCUGCAAAGAUGUCCAUAUUAGGCAAGAUUGUAUGCAAACAUUUGUAUAUUGGGAGAAAUUCACACUAAAAUUAGAUGAAUUUCCACGAGGACUUCAAAAAAUCCACAAACUAAAUUUAAGGUUGGAAAAAUGAGUACAGGCAGCUUCCAAUUUUCACAGGGGUUACGUUCCAAGGUACUGUGCAUUUAAGCGAAAUCGCAUAUAUUUGAAAUACCACUGGAAAAGUCCACCCUCACUCUGCCCCUUUCUGUGAAGUUUACAGCAGGUCACUUCCAGGUUACGCACUAUGCACAUGUGCGCAGUUGCACACAUACUGAAUGUGUGUGAAUGGGGUGUGUGUGCCUGUAACUGAUAUAGCACAAUUUUAGCAUUUUUGCCAACCCAAUGGUGCACAUUGCACCAUUAGAGUUAGAGUUAGAACAGGGAUGGUUAGCUCUCUCUGUGUUGUUGGAUCACAACUCCCAUCAGCCCAGCCAGCAGGACCAAUGUCCAGGGCGGCUGGGAGUUGUAGCCCAGCAACAUUUGGAGAGCUACAAAUUCCCCAUUCCUGAAGGGUUUAAAAAACAAAACAAAACAACAACAAAACCCCUGCUUGAUCUUGCUGUGCUGCAUCACGGUCCUGGUAGUUGCUCAACCACCAAGUCUUUCCCACCCACACAUAUUCAUAGAUUUCAUUAAAUCUGAGAAGCCAAAUACUGUAUUUUUUGCACCAUAACACUCACUUUUUUCCUCCUAGAAAGUAAGGGGAAAUGUCUGUGCGUGUUAUGGAGGGAAUGCCUACGGGUGGCAUGCCUACGGAUUUUCCUCCUCUAAAAACUACGUGCGUGUUAUGGUCGGGUGCAUGUUAUAGAGCGAAAAAUACGGUAAAUUACACAGAAAUAUGCAAUAUGAGUACAGUGGUACCUUGGGUUAAUAACUUAAUUUGUUCUGGAGGUCCGUUCUUAACCUGAAACUGUUCUUAACCUGAGGUACCACUUUAGCUAAUGGGGCCUCCUGCUGCCGCCGCCACGCGAUUUCUGUUCUCAUCCUGAAGCAGAGUUCUUAACCCGAGGUACUAUUUCUGGGUUAGCGGAGUCUGUAACCUGAAGCGCCUGUAACCUUAAGCGUCUGUAACCUGAGGUACCACUGUAAUAAAAAAAAUCCCAGGUUGACAAAAUUGAUGGUGAUACAGAACUGGGGUUAUCUUUGGUCAGAGUCCGAAUACACAUGUGCCUUUGUUCUGCUUAAGGUAACUCCUGAAACUAUGUCUGGACGACAAUUGGAAUGCCAGGCACACCCAUUUGGCCUGGAAGCAACUUGGAGCUCUCUGUGUUGAACUAACCUUGCUUUGACAGUCACUCAGCUCUGCAAUUCCAUCACCUGGGCAGCACCUCUUGACACAUACUGUUUGACCUGGGUGUUCUCCUUCUGCCAACCUGCUUGUGUAAGAGCUGCCUCUCACAUAUGUCAGACGGGGUGCCCAGCCUGGUCUUGUAAGACAGUCACUCAUCUCCACCACAAUGGCAUCUAAGUCCCUGGCAUGCACUCAUUGCUUCUGCCAGCACUUUUCAGGGAAGACUUCCUGUUAAGGGACACCUCGCUUCCAUGAGUGGCAUGUGGGCAGACUUGCCCUACAAGUUGAUUUACUCUGUGGAUCUUGCAUUUUCCACCUGUAAGUUGAGGGAUGAGAACCUGUCUGAAAGUGUUUGGGUGAAAACAGAAACAAGUUGGCUGGCAUACCUGUCUCUUGUCCUAGGCAAGAGGGCAGAAGGUUCCAGUGCAGUGAAGAAAAGAAAGUGCUAUUUUGAAACCCCUGAUACAAAGGUCUCCUAAGCAUAAGAACACAAAGAUGGCCUGCUGGAUUAGGCCAACGGGCGCCAAUCUAGUCCACCUUUCAGUUCCCACAGUGGCCAACCAGGGAAGCCUGGAGACAGGAACAGAGAACCAGACCACUCUCCCCACUUGUGGUUUCCAGAAACUGGUAGCCAGAGGCUGACUGUGGAAGUGCAGCCCGGCCAUCACUGCUAGAAGCUACUGGCAGCCCCCAAUAGCCUUCUCCUCCAUGAAUUUGUCCAGCCCCCUUUUAAAACCAUCCAAGUUGGUGGCCAUAACUAACUCUUCCUGUGGGUGUGAGUUCCACAGUUUAACUAAUAUAUUGGGGAAAGUGUUACAGAGUGAGGAAAGAUAACUUACAGAUCUAUAAACAGCAGCUGCCACUUAUUCUGAGAAGAAUCAAUUGUGAAUUUUCCUUUUCUCAUUCAUGUUUGGUUAUUAGAAGGGUGGGGACUCCCCCCUCCUAAAUGUCACAACUCCAUGGCACAGAAACAACAAGCUUUCCCCUUCGCUUUCAGCAUCACUUGCAGCUUGGAACUGGCCUCCCCCAGUUAAUCGACUAAACAUUUUGUUACUUAAUUGGCUGGUUAAUCUGCCAAUCACAUGGAUUUAAGGCUGUAAUCCCAACACAACUAUUCCUGGGGAUAACAUCCGCUGAGCACCUUGGGGCUUGCUUCUGAAUAAACACGUAUUUAUUUGUUAUCUCUUUGCUUACAUUUAUAUCCCACCUUUUUCUCCAAGGAGCUAAAGCAACUGGCCCAAGGUCACACCCAGUGAGUGGGGAUUUGAAUCCUGGUCUCCCAGGUCUCAACCCAGUACUCUAACCGCCAGAGUUUCCAAAAACAACUGAGGACAUUUGCUGCUGUUGUUCUAACAGUCUUUCCCAGCUGGAUAAAUGGGUCUUCACUGUGAGUUGUAUACUUUGUAUGGUUUUGUUUAUGUUUUAAAUCUGCUGUUUUUUAUAUUUCUAACUAGGUUGUUUUUUGCAGGUUCUAGUGUACAUUGCCUGAGACAACUGUGUAGAAAGUGAAUAAUAAUAGCAGCUUGAUUCCUCCUCACCCCCAUAACUCCAAAUCCUGCUUGAACUGACUUUCGGACUCCUUCUUGUAAGGCCAAGCCCACCCCUCUCCACCCAGAGAAAAUGCCAGAAGUCUGUUUCACAGCAGUCACCAUAGCCUUGCAGUUGCCAGCCUAGUUACACACACUGGUUAUAUUUUUUUAAAGAAGGAAAUAAUGUACGGUAAAUAUCUCCCGGACACCCAGGUUUCACCCACCCCCUAUGCAGUGUUGACACUUUGCUUUCUGGGCACCUUGUGCUUGCACCUUUAAAAAGAAAGAAACAAAACACCACAGUAGCAUGACAUCAUUAACAUUGCAAAAUAUACUUUCAUCCUGCUAAGCAGGGAUGAACGUGACUGCACAGUGCGGUUGGCAUCAGGGUGUGUUGCCAAGUAAAUACAGAUUAUCUCAGAGGAGCCUUCCAUAAUCAUUAAGGCAAGAUGCCAAUAGAGUGUUUGCUGUUUUUUUAAGAAAAUAAUCAUAACAAAAACCUUCCACCAAGCCUGGGGUUGUUAUAAGCCUAAGGGCUGUUUGUUAUCCACCUGAGGAGUAGAGUUUCAAUAUCAUUGUUCUGUGGCAGCUCCUUAGCAGUAGAAUUUCCUCCCCAUGCCUCUGUGGAGGAACUCAAACUGCUGUGUUAGCAGCACUGAGGUGACCCCUCAGGGGCACAAGCUUGGGCAGUGUGUCUGGAGGUUCUGGGCUGCCCAGACGGCAAGACCCCUCCCUCUUGGCCUCACUGAUAUGGUCCAAAGGAAAGCAGAGCAAGACGUUUGGCACCAGCUUGGCUGCAGGAGUUGCCGGAAGGUGACGUACAAGGCGCCACCCAACCCUUCUUAGGGUCUCCAAAUUUCUGUAGGUUUACUCCUUAGCCUUUUCUUCUCCUGAAGAUAUCUUGCAAGGCAGUAGAGGUUUAAGAUCAGGGUUUCCCUUCUCCUAGAUGGGCUCCCUUCCCAGGUGGAUGAGCCCCAUCUGCUGUGUGUGGGAGGGGGGUGGCGAACCAAGACAUCUGGGACCUGAGGCAAAGUACAAAAUGGUGGGCCCCCUCCAGGGAAGAAGGGGGGUGAGUGAAGGUCUACAUUGGGAAUAAGGGCAGUGGAAUCAAAUCAGGCUUACCUGACAGUUGAAGUGAGAAUCAAAGGCUCUUGUGGGGUGGCGGCCUGCUUUAAAUCACACCUAGUAGGUGCAGACCCCUGGAAACCCCAGAGGGAAGCUCCCAUCAUUUCCUCCCUAGGGUGGGAGGAAACCAGUAGUGUCUCCUAUUUGUCAAGAGGUCACUGUAGAGAAGUGGGGGUGGGGGGACUUCCAAACAGGAUGCUGAGUCACCACAGCCAUCACUUCCACAUUAUGGAAGUGGCAGCAGCAGUGGGUGAUGCAUUUCUUGGAAGCCAGAUUUGCUGCCCCUGUGGAUCCUGCCACCCAAGGCAAUUGCCUCAUCUUGCCAGUGUGGUGUAGUUGUAAGGAGCGGUAGACUCGUAAUCUGGUGAACUGGGUUCGCUUCCCCGCUCCUCCACCUGCAGCUGCUGGGUGACCUUGGGCUACUCUAAAGUCUCUCAGCCCCACUCACCUCACAGAGUAUUUGUUGUGGGGGAGGAAGGGAAAGGAGAAUGUUAGCUGCCUUGAGACUCCUUAAGGGGAGUGAAAGGCGGGAUAUCAAGUCCAAACUCCUCCUCCUCCUCCUCCUCCUCCUCCUCCUCCUCUUCAUAGGAGGGCCAGCCCUAUUAUCUUGUUUGAAAAUAGUUUUAACUGGUUCAUCCUGAGACCCUACAUUGAGGGGCCAAUAAUAAAUUGAAAUAAAGUACUACCUCAGGUUAAGAACUUAAUUCAUUCUGGAGGUCCAUUCUUAACCUGAAACUGUUCUUAACCUGAGGAACCACUUUAGCUAAUGGGGCCUCCUGCUGCCACCGUGCCGCUGCUGCACGAUUUCUGUUCUCAUCCUGAAGCAAAGUUCUUAACCCGAGGUACUAUUUCUGGGUUAGCGGAGUCUGUAACCUGAAGCGUAUGUAACCUGAAGCAUAUGUAACCCAAGGUACCACUGUAAUAAUGAUAGCUUGGAGCAAAUUGGUUUCUUUUUAGGGCUAGUCUUCAGAAAACACUUUUGUUAUUAUUGGCAAAUGAUAGCCUUGUGCACUUCUGGGCAGGAGGGCAUGAAUCUCAAACACCUGUGGGAAGCUGAGUGGGUGACUCAAGAAGCAGGUCUUUUAUUGUUAUUACAACCCUAUCUCCCAAGUGAUGCCUGCCUUGGCUACUUUGCUGUGUAGCUUUUGGUGCGUAGUGAAAACUCAGCCUUAAUUGCAUCCUCCCCCCGGACAUUUGCUGCUUUCUGUUCUGCUUAUGAUGUCGUUGUUGUUGUUUGUUUGACAGUGAAAAACCAUUGCUACGUUUAAUUUUGGAUAGAUGAAUGAGCAGCUAGGAGUUAUGAUGGAACCUCUGUUUUCAGAAGCAGUCUACAUCUGCUUACCAAAUGGUGUGGACAUAUGACAGUGAGGGCUCAUUGUCCUCUUAAGUCCCUCUUGUGGGCAUCCCAUUGGAACAAAGGAAAUUGCAUGUGCUGAGUCAACCAAUGAUCCAUCGCACUCAGUACUUGUCUACAUUGACUGGAAGCAGCUUUCAGGCAGGGGACAUUCCCAGCCCAACCUAGAUGCCAGGGGUCACACCUGGGGCCUUAACAUGCAAGACAGAUGCUCUGCUACUGAUCUAUGGUCUCUUCCAGAUGCAUCAACUUGCAAGAAACUGGAUUCUGACCUAGUUUGGACUUUGGUCUGGCCCAGCAGGGUUCCCUUAUGUAAAUAUAAAUAUAUUUUGUUAUACAGUUGGAUACCAAUUUAAUCUGUUUCUUAAAAUUUAUUCUGGCAGAUUUAUGCUGCAAAGGUUAUUAGUUUUAGCCCUUGAUGGUCACGAGGCUUGCUACUUUAAUUUCCAUUAUUUCUCAUUUUACAAUAAAUGGACUUGAAAACUGUAUUGUAGCAGCCCUUGCAAGCCUAGUGCCCUUCAUAUAUUUUGGACUACAGCUCCCAUGAGCCCCAACCAAGGCUGCAUCAUUCCAAAAAUGUGGUGGAGAUCACCUAAAAAGGGGGGGGGGUUAUAUACAUAUACGGCUAAUACAGCAUCUAGAUUAGCCCCAAACCAGGUGUGGCAUGCAGCCUUGAGUGCCCCCCCAAAAGCAUUCAAAGCCCAAAAUUGUCAUGAAUCAAGGUGCUUUCUGCAGAAGGUUUUCCUUUUCUUGUGCUUUUGAAAGGAGGGAAUUUAGUAAGAAAAUUUGAAGAGUCCUGCGGGAUCAGACCUAAGGUUGUAACAACCACAACAGAAUAACGAUCCCCUCCUUCAAGCCCUCUUUAAACCACUUUUGUGUAUCUACAAAUUCCACUAGCUAAUUGUGCCCCCUUUCGCUUUGCUCUCUGCCUCUUGCAGGCUGGUUUCAUUGGGUGGCCCCUGAGUUCUAGUGGCAUAAGAGGCAGGUGGUGAAAAAUGAUCCCUGCCUGCUUUCUCUGCACCACGCAUGGUUUUUAUAACCCACCCACCCUUCUCCAAAGCUCCAAAUGCCUUUGCUUUUCCCUUGGGGAGAUAUUCAAGCCAAUAACAGGGAGUAGCAAAUGGAAUACAUUGGUUCCUUCUGAAUAGCCAAAGGAAUGCCAGGCCCCAACUGCUACAUGCUUCCCACCAUCAGGGUGGUGAUUGGCCCAGUGUCCUUGGUGAUUCUUAGGGACCGUCUUCAAAUGGCCAGAACAAAAAGAAUCUCAACCCUUUCUAAUGUAUUUCCAUGGCCCUUCCAAAGGGCCAUGGAAAUACAUUAGAAAGGGUUGAGAUUUUGGAUCGCCAGAUGAACAUAGAUAAAUGUUCCUGAAUGGUGAGUGGAAUGCAUUGAAUGAGGGUGUGUUGAGUGGCCUCUAGCAGCCAUUCAGGGGACAGAUGGUGGGGUAAUUAAUAUCAUUAGCAUUUAUUCAUUAAUCUUCUAUGCAAUUGUCUCAAGGCAAUGUACAAUAAAAACUAUUACAAACACAGCAAAUCCCCAACCGAAUACAUGUAGAACAGAACUAAAACCAUACAAAAUACUAAAAGCCAUUUAUCCAUCUGAGAAAGCCCAUUGGAACAAAAAACAAAAAAAAGUAUUCCAAUUGUACCUGGGAAGUGCAGGUAGCAGGUACCUGUUAAAUCUCAACAGGAAUGCUGUUCCACACUCAACAUCCUGUUCUGAGUUUGUUUUGAAGGAAGGACCCUUUCUCCUGGUCACUCAGCAGAGCAAGCAUUUUGCAGACAUUUAUUCUAUGUUCUGCAGUGCACUGCGCAGUAGGCCAUCCUAUCCCAGGCAUUCUCAUCGUCCCCUUUGGAAACAGGCAUGCCCAUCUGGCUUUGCGGCAUAUAGAAACCUUGUAGGACAUGGGCGCAGAAUCCCAAACCGUGCCAAUGUAUUCAAAACUGGCCAUUUGAAGGGGGGAAACUGCUUGGCCAUUUGGGGAUAUUCCCUAGAGAAAACUAAUAAGCAACACUUCACCCUGGUUAAUGCAUUCAUAAAUGGAAGAGAUUCCAAAGGCCAUUGAGAAGGAAACAACCUUUUCAAUGGCCCUGGUGUUUUUUGCUAUUUUCUGCCCCCUCUCCCAGCCCCACAUUAUCAUUUUUCGAGGUAUACUGGCCAGAGUUAGGCACAGAUGUAGCUGAACCAGAAAGCAUAAAAACACAAGAAGGGCCUGACAGUUGGAUCUGGCCAGUAACCCAUCAAGUCUAGCAUCCCCUUCUCAUAGUGGCCAACCAGAUACUCCAAUGGGAAGCCUGGAAGCAAGAUAUGAGCACAUCAGCACCCGUACACCUGCAAUUUCCAGCUAGUGAGAGGAGGUCCUGUCUGCUUUGGUUCUCUCUGUUUUCUCAUUUUUCUAAUCUUAAAUUCAGUUUUCCAUGUUGCUGUAGCAAUUUGUGAUUUUUCCUUUUUUCCUUCAAAAAAACCCUCAUGAAAAUUCUUCAGCAUUUUAGUGCAAAUUUCUCCUAAGAAACACAUCUUUGUAUGCAGUUUUGACUCAUUCACACAUGCAUGCAGGCAAUUUCUCUUUAAUAUAUUACAUUUUUUUGUAUGCUAUUUUCACUAAUAUAUUUGUUUUUAUGCGCAACUUCCCCAAAUAUUUCGAUUCUUGUAGUCAUUUGGUAGGUAGGAAAACCACAGUGCAAAAUUUGGAGAGCUGCAAAUUCUGAAGGAUGUCUUAAAAUCUGAACUGGAUUGAAUUUAUCCUCACCUCACAUCUUUGACCUCAGCUACUGAUAUUUGGAGGCAUGCUUCCUUCUACAGUGGAAGAACAUAGGUAUCAGGGGCACCAACUAUAGGGAGCCCUGGGGGCCUCACAAAGCAUCUUGCAAGACCUUGGAGAUGCUAUCAAAGGCCUUGCGAGACCUUGGAACCUGACUUUCGGUGGCAUUGGAAGUCAGGUUCUGAGGUCACGGGGUGUGUGACAUCAUGACAUCACAUCACGAUGUCACAUCAUGAUGUCAUGUCACAUAUGCUGGGCACCUAUAAGCCGAGACCCAAGUUUGCGUCCCUGAUAGCUAUUGAGGCAAUCAAAAGAUUUCUUCUUGACUUCUAAAUGGGGACAUUUGUGUACAGUGUGUUGAAACUGUCAGUACUGCAAUGUCUAUCUAUGGUGCUGCCACAUUUGGAAUAGAGUACAUAUUUCUGGUCACCACGGUCUGAAAAAGAUACUGUAAGUGCAGGAAAGAAGUAUUUUGGUCUGAUCUGUAUAGGGAAUCUCUUAAUGUAUGAUGUUUUAAUAUCUGUUAGAAGCCUCCCAGAGUGGCUGGGGCAACCAAGUGAGAUGAGUGGGAUAUAAAUAAUAAAAUGAUGACUGUGAUGAUGAUGAUGAACACCAACUUGCUUAACGUUUGCUGAUCUAGCAAUGCUCUUAUUAAGUCCUUAAAUCUGGAGACAGGCCAUUUCCAGAUCUCAACAAUACUAAUAAUAUCCGGACCUAUCCUUUGUGACAUUUUGGUGGCCUAAUAAAGAUAGUGCCCCAAAAUGGAUUCUAGAUUCUAACUUUUUAUGCGACUUAAGAAUUUUUUUUUUUUUUAAAUAAGCAAUUCGGAUGCAAAAUUCUAAACUGGAAAAAGGAUUUUAUACCAUUGGGCAGGGGGGUGGUUCCCAAACGAGGUUACGUACAAAACAAGACAGUCCCUUCACAGGCUAAUAAUCUAAGCAAACACAACACAACACAAGGGAAAGUGGACCAGGAGGUAAGAGGAAUAAAGCAAUCUCAGGCACCUAAAAUUAGCCUGUACCUGCUUGACAUAACUACUGCCUUGUUCCUCUUCACUCCUGUUUCCGACCUGUUCCAAGACACCUGUGUUGUUCCUAAGAGUGGCAAUGGAUCAAGGUAAUUUUCUUCUUUUGAAUUCCCACAGAUGGGGAGUCGGUCACUGUACGUUAGGAACACAGGAAGCUGUCCAUCAGUAGUAUCGUACACUGACUGGCAGCAGCUCUCCAGGGUUUCAGGCAGGGAUCUCUCCCAGCCCUACGGGGAGAUGCCAUUGGAGACUGAACCUGGCAUAUUCUUCUGCAUGCAAAGCAGGUGCUCUGCUGCUGACCUAUGACCCCUCCCUUUUUCCUUCUUAUUUCUCAGCAGCCCUUUGUGCACCCUGAAACCUCACCACACGCAGGUGCACCUCAUUCUAAUGUCUGCUAUCUCCUCCCACAUUCCAUCGUAAGUCUCUUCCCUGUUGCAAACUCACAGCUUCAUCUCCGCCCCUCACUCCCGCCCACAAAAGAUCCCGGUUGCUUUGUUUACCCACUUUUCCUGGUAACUCAAAAGCUUGCACACUCUUUUGUGCCAUUCUGGUUGCUCUAAUGGUCUUCAGUUUUUGGUUUCUACCUCCUUAUGAGUCAACCUACCUUCCUUGGUUUUAUUGCUCCAGCUGCUGUUGUGAUGGUGACUUUGGUUUUUCCAGAUACAUUGCAAGACACCUUGGAGAGUUGUUAGUUCAGAGUGAAUGAAAUUCUGCAUUGCACAGCAACUCUGUGGGUGCAGGAAAAGUUCUGGAUCUGCAAAGAAUGAAAGAAGAAGCAUGAAGAAAUGUUGAACUGGCAGCUAUCCUUCACUUGCCUUACCCUUUCUACUUAAACCCCUCCCCCCCCCCACCGGAUUUAUGUGUUCUUCAAACCAUGGCAAAACCUAUCACAUUCCCAAUAUUUAUUUUAUUUUAUUUAUCCCGUUUCUAUAUUGCCUUUCCUCCAAGGAGCUCAAGGUGGAAUGCAUGGUUCUCCCUCUCCGCAUUUUAUCCUCACAACAACCCUGUGAGGAAGACUAGGAUGAGAGGCACCUUUGAACCCUGGUCUCCCAGGUCCUACUCUUAACAACCUUCAUUUCAUUUCACUUAUAAUUUGCAUACCGCUUUUCUGUAUUGCUACACAACAAGGCAGUUUACAGACAGAAGAAACAAGGAAAUAUACAACAAAUAUCACACAUCUUACAACCAUCUAAUCCAAUACAAGUCAUACCAAAAAUAUGACUUAAAAUAAACAACAUAUCAAAUAAUGUAGUAUUCAAUAAUCCAUUAGAAUGUAGUGGCUGGGACAACCCAGUCAGAGAGGCGGGGUACAAAUAAUUAUGAUUAUUAUUAUAGUACACAACAAAAUCAACACUCAAGUAUCAACAAAUAACAAUUAAAUGGAAAUUUGCUCUCAACAAUUACAAUAAACCAUUACUUAAAUUAUAAUCAAUAAAAAUAGCAGCAGAAUUGCAAUACAUAAAAUACCGAAAUACAUAAAAAGCCAUGCAAAAAGAAGCAAUAAAAUUAAAAGAAUCCCUGCCGCCAAACUCCUCCCCUUCCAACUGUUUCUGGUCUUCUUAAAGCCCUUCCGUAGGAGAGGCUCUGUUCAGCUGGAUUUGGCUGUGGGUGGGGGAGCUAAAACUCUUUUGUCCUCCUGUCCACUACUUGCUCCCUAGACUGCAAACAUCUUAUCCAAGCAAUGCAAUCUCAUUUUUUUCCUAGCUUAGCUUUGCUUGUCCCUCAGAUGGAAAUGCUGUCCUGCUUUGCACUGUUCAAGAGUGCAAAGCUAUACUGUGGGAGUCGACUCGAAAAGCAAGGAAACACAGACCUUGUGUGCUUCCCUUCAGGAGUGCCAACUUGAAUAAAAUAUUAUGGGGGCGCAGGUGGGCUCCGCCCCACAUAAUCGAUCACAUGACACAGCACACACAAGACCAUUUGAAUGGCAAUGCCCAUCAACUUUGCAGGGGCCUGGCCCCCUCAAAUAUUUUAUCUUGGGGGCCAAAGCCCCCAGGGCCCCUAGGAGUUGGCUCCUAUGGUUCCCUUUAAAAAAAAAGAUGGAGCUGAAAAGCGUACUUUGCAAAAUGUAUGAAUGUUAUUGCUCCAAAUAAAAUGAAAUGUGUGGAUAGAGGUUGAGAGGGGAGAAAGUGAGAGAGACUGUGAUUCUGAAAAGUUAGCAGAGACAUUUCUCUCCCUCCCCCUCUCCCUCCCCCCCCCCCCCAUUCUCAUACACACACAGCAGUCCGUGAUAAAGAGCCAGGCAAAAAUGAAUGGAAUGGUGGAUAAUUGAACUGAAAGGGAGGAGUAGAUGGAGGAAUAGAUGCCAAAACAGUCCUAAAGAGGCAGUUGAUGAUGGAUUGAAAAGAAAGCUCAGUGGACAGAUGGUUCUUUAGCAUCUUGCUGCCUACUUUUCCUUCCUGGAAUCAGGCACACAUUUUAUCUUUCUAGCCUUCUAAAUGGAGAAGCUCUACGCCCCCUGCUCUUGCCUUCGGCAGGGCUCUGACUCAGUGGCAGAGCACCCACUUUGCAGGUGGAGCCCAGGUUCCAUCUGAUGGCCUCUGCAGGUUGGGAUGAGAAUGUCGCCCGCCUGAAACCAUGGAGAGCCACUGCCAGUCAGUGCAGGCAAUACUGAGCUGGUUGUACCCAAAACGAUCUCAUUCUGUACCAGGCAGGUUUCUAUGUUCUUAUCAAAUCCACCCUUAAUACAAAACUAUGAGGACUAGUACCUUGUUUUGUUCUUAGAAGAAGAGCUGUAGCUCCAUGGCAGAGCAUCUGCCUUGAAUGCAGAAGGUCUCAGGUUCAACCCCCAAAGGCAUCUCCAGGCAGAGAGAGAGAGAGAGAGAGAGAGAGAGAGAGAGCCUCUGCCAGUAAGGAUACUGGGGUCGAUGGACCAACCAUCAGAUCCAGAUGAGUGCACAAUCUGUGUACACAAACCGACUGAGCUGCACACGCCUAUGGUUCUUAAUGUGCGCUAUUCAGCAAGGGUACCAUCUAUGUACAUUAGUGCGCACACUUAUCUUAUACAGGAGUAGAUUAUUAGUUGAUUGUAUGGUGUUACAAGGCAGCACACUGGGGGGGGGGAAUCAAAUUUUGGCAGCCUUCACCCCCACCCCCGCGCAACAGGGCAGUGUCCAACCUAUGGGUUCUGUGUCAAAGUACUUUUUCGGCCCACUUGGUUUGAAAAGUUGGGCUGUUCUGGGUUAGAGUCUCUGGGACUAGGACACGGGAAAGACCAGGUUUGAAGCCUGCUCAGCAGUGAAGCUCCUGAUGGGUGACCCUGGGGGCCAGUCCCUGCCUCUCAGUCUAACCUACCUCACUGGGUUGUUGCUGGGCUUAAGUGAGAAAGGGGAGAAGCAUGCAGGCCACCUUGAUCUCCUUGGGGACCAAUAUGUGGGACAUAAAUGUAAGAAGUAAAUAAAUAACCGAGGCAGCUUGGACUCCUGUUCAACGUCCCGUGUGGACCAGGCUAGUGUAAGGAAGCUCCCGCCGCCGUUGUGAAAAAUCCAUGUUAAAAUUUUGAAGCGGGUAAGGGAAGCCUUGCUAGAGAGGGGGCAAGCGGGAAGGGCGGCUGGUCCGCAGAUGAGCAAAGGGGGUAAGGGGGGGGGGUAAGGAAAGAAGUAUGGGACGCCUGAGCGGCAGAGAGGAUGGGAAGUGAACUUAGACGUGAAUCCAUUGAAGAAAAGGGAAGCGUCAGAGGAACGUUUGAACGGCUACCUGUCCUCCUGAGACCGGGGUAGGCUCCGAUUUGGGGCGGGGGGGACAAAUUGCCUGAAUGGAGAAGUGGAGGCGGGUGACGGCUCCGCUGCUCCGCGGCCUCCUCCCCACGUGCUGUGCCCAAACGGGACGGGACAUGACCGGGUGGGGGAGGGGAGGGGCCUGCCCUUCUCCCGGUUCCACCUGUAAGGUCCCUCCCGGAGAGGUGGAGGAGGAGAGCAGCUAGGGCGGGCCCGGCCCGCCUCGCCCCAUAAAAGCUACCUGGACGGGAGGGCAGGAGGUAGCAGUCUGCGAAAGACUCCGGGCUUCGAGCACAGACAGCAAUGGGGUGGCUCAGCUUGCCGUCUUUCCUGCGGUGCGGUAACAAGGAGGUGAGUCCGCACAGUGAUGGGCAAGAUGCAGCCGAACAGGCGUCACCGGCGUCCGGCCGGACCCGCAAGGAGGGACGGGAGGAGGCUGCUCGGGAUAACCAGGAGGCCCCGCAAACAAACUGUGGUGCCUCGACUGAAAAGUCCGCCUCCCCACUAAAUAACAUGGGGCAGCAAGCCGGGGUGGGUGGAAGCUCCUAGGGGCUCCUCCAUCAUAUGUGGUAGAGGUUUAGAUUGUAAGCUCCUUGCGGCAGGUAACUUCUGCCCAUUCUCCUCCUCCUCUUUGCCUGUAGCCUUUUUCAGAGCGCAAGAGGGAAGUUUUGUGUGCCCCGUUGCCCAUGCAUCUUUGCACCCCCUGUGCAUCAAAGCCCCCUCAGUUCAAUGGGUCGCUCAUUCAAGUUGCAAGGAGGGGUCCGCUUCCUGUAGUAUGAAGGAUUCUACAUUUAGAGCGAGCUAGUGAUGGGUAGUUUCAUUGGAGCCAACUCCGAGGGGCCAAGGUACCUUUGAUUCCGUCCCCCCCAAAAAAAAAAUAUUUGAGAGGACUGCCUCCCCCAUUGAUGGGCAUUGCCAUUCAAAUGGUGUGUGUGCCCCGUGUAAUGUGAUCGAUUAUGCAGGGCGGGGCUCCCGCUCCAUAUUUUAUUCAAGUUGGCACCCCUGGUUAGUUUAACUAUGGUAGUUUUUUUAUCUGCUCCUGAUUUGCUUUUGGAUAUAUAGAUACUUUGGGAUAUAUAGACACAGAUAUAUGACGAACAAUAGCUUGCAGAUCAGAAAUGCUCAAUUCUUACAGCAAAGGGUUUGGGCUUCUGCCUUCAUCACUUGCUCUGCUUUUUGCUACAAUAAUUUAAAAGUCCUGCUUGGUAAGUCACUGGCAUAAAUAGAUGGUUUUAGUCAGUGCCUUAGCUGGGGGGCGGGGCUAGCCAGGUUUUUUGCCUUGUGACUCCUCCAGAGGGGCGCCAUUGAGGCGCCCUGCCUGUGUGGGGGUUUUUUUUGGGGGGGUUGCACGUGGGCUUGGGGUGCCAAACUGGGUCUUUGACCCCGGUGAAAUAAAGCCUGGUUUCGCCCCUGGUUUUAGUGAUUAACUGCGUCUUAUCAAGAUCCAGAACAAGGGAACAAGUGUCUGAACUGCUGUAGUUCGAGGCUCUCAUUACAGUCUUAUCGCUAAGUAUAUCUAUAUAGAUACAGACGAACGAACGAAUAGCAUUCUACCCCAGGGUGAGACCAGGGGUAGGGGAAACGGAGUCAGAAGCGAAAGGGGGAGCAAAGGCUUGCAUGACUGAAGAUUAGCAAUUACAGCAGGGUUCUGGCAGCCCAAAGGCUUCCACAAGGUUGAACAGAAGAGCUCACCUUUGUUGCUCCCCCCUUGGGAACCUCUGAUGGAGCAGAAAUGGCCAAGAGGUAAAAGGGUUAACGUGCGCAUAGUGAGGGAUUUUGAUGGGCGGUGACUGCUCAGUUAGUUAAGUAUUUCUGCUGUUUUACUUGAUCUGGGGGGCAACUACCCCCCUGCCCCCCCCCGGCCAUGCCCAUGAGGAUUGAUCCUGGGUGUGUGUGUGUGUUUAAAAAAGUAUCAGAACUAAAGUGGCAGGUGCAUGUGAGGGAAGCAUUGGUAUUUUUAUGCCGCGAACUGCCAUGAGAUCUAAAGGUGGCUGACAAAUUUAUUUUGACUUUGCCAUAUAAUUAAAGCAUACUUGAAACACACAACUCUCCCCCCCUCCCCCCAAAAAAGGAUUCUGGGAAGUGUAGUUAAGGGUGGUGGGGAUUGUUGCUCUGCUGUGGGCAAAUUACAGCUCCUAAGAUGCCUUGGGGCAUAGGUGCCUGGGCCCUGGGUGCCUGAGCACUGCCUACAAAAAUUCCCAUGAAUGGGCUGGGCACCCACAAAUUUCAUCGCCAGGACCAGGCAAGCUGCGUGGCACCCACCACAGCCCCGGGCACCCGCAGUCGCAGGGCCAAGAUGGCACUCCUGCCUUGGAGGGAUCCAUGCUCUGCGUGUAGAACUAAAGAUUCUGUGCCUUUUUCUCAGCUGAUUUUAAAGCAACAGCAGUCAUUUCAGUUGCAGCCCAGGACAUGCUCUGACCUGGAUAUCCACAGAAAAAUUGAGUUAUGUGAAAUGCUUUUCUGCUUCACUGUUGCUGCUGUUGAUUCUGCCCUGGUGGUGGAGAAAUACAGGAAGGACCUGGCUGCUAGAUCAGGUCUAAGGCCCCCUGGCCCAGCUCCCCUUUCCGCCUCUGGGAAGCAAAAGCAGCACAUGAGUGCAACUCCCUCCCCCCCCCCCGCCUGCAGCCCCCUGGCAUUCAGGCUCAUCUCUUCCAUCUCUGGCCUUUGACUGGUAAACCAUGGGGGGUGUUAUUAACCUUGUCCUUGGCUCAGGUGCCUUUCCUGAGUCUCCUGCCUUUAAUUGCUGCAUUGUUAUAAGUGGCUUUCUUUUAUUGUGUAUUUCAAUCAUGGGUGUUUAUAGUUUAAUGUUGGUGUAACUUGGCUUCUUUAUUUUGUAAACUGCCAAGAACAUAGGCACAUAAGGAGAGCCUGCUGCUGGAUCAGGCCAAUGGCCCUUCUAGUCCAGCAUCCUGUUCUCACAGUGGCUGACCAGAUGCCCCCAAGGGUAGCCCCCAAGAAGGAUAUGAGCACAACAACAAACCCUCCAAUGAAAAUAGGGGUGUCCUAUCUAAUAACAAUAAUAAUAAUAAUUUUGCUAUUUGCUGCCCACUCUGGGCAGCUUCCAACAUAUUUAAAAGAUAACUAAACAUUAAACAUUAAAAAAACUUUCCUAUACAGGGCUGCCUUUAGAGGUCUUCUAAAGGUUGUACAGUGGUACCUCGGGUUAAGUACUUAAUUCGUUCCGGAGGUCCGUUCUUAACCUGAAACUCUUCUUAACCUGAAGCACCACUUUAGCUAAUGGGGUCUCCUGCUACCGCUGCACGAUUUCUGUUCUCAUCCUGAAGCAAAGUUCCUAACCCAAGGUAGUAUUUCUGGGUUAGAAGAGUCUGUAACCUGAAGCAUCUGUAACCCGAGGUACCACUGUAUACUUAUCUCCUUGGCUCUGGGGGUCACAUAACUCCAUACUUUCCAGCAUUUCUCUGGUGAAAACAGGGACGUCUUAAGACAUUCUGGGAUCAAAUAAGAAAUUGGGAUGGCUUCUGUCAAUCUGGGACCAUCCCUGGAAAAGAGGGGCACUUGGAGGGUCUGCAAGAGCACUUUCUCCCCUGAGAGUCCUAGAAACUGGUGUUCAGAAGCAUUAUGCCUCUUGUAAUGGAAGCAGAACAUGGCAGCCGCCAUGGCUGGUGAGCAUUAUAACUGUUGUUAUAUAACAAAUGGGUCUACUUGGGCCUUGUCGUGUAUGUAAAUUAAUGUAAACUAAUUAAUAUAAAUUAAUAAAUAUUAAGUAUUGGGCUGCAUCCAACUAAGUUUUACUCAGAGUAGACUUAUUGAAAUGGAUGGACCUAAGAUGGGCAUGUUCGUAAAUUUCAGUGGGUCUACUCUGAGUAUAUAAUAAUAUAAUAAAUUAAUAUAAUAAUUGGCAUGCAUUCUUUUGUAUCAUCUCUCUCUCUCUCUCUCUCUCUCUCGCCAAUGUUCAUUCAUGGACAGAAUGGUGGGAUGCAAAGGUUUUGAUAUAAAUGCGUGAAUGACUUUCUCUCUUCCUUCUUAAAGGAUUUCACUUUGUCUACUGAGAAAAUUACUGAAAAAGAUGAAGAGAGUGAACGAGGAAACUGGUCGCGCAAAUCAGACUACCUCCUCUCUAUGGUUGGCUAUGCCGUUGGCUUGGGGAAUGUCUGGCGCUUUCCAUACCUCACCUAUAAGGAUGGAGGAGGUAGGCUUUCUGUUUGUGCUUCCUGUGUCAGUGGCAAGGCCAUCCUAGAAGGAGAAAAUGGAGAAGCACCUUAGUGGAGCAUUUGCUGAAGUUGCCUGUCUUAUAAUGCAUGCUGGCAAAGAGCUGCUUACCUACUCACCUAGAGUGUGUUGAAAGUGCCUUUAGGCGACCAGCCAAGGAAAUUUCCAUGAAAGGCAUUUCUUCCCACUCCUCAUCCAGCCCUUGAGACACAAACAGCAUGAAUGCUGCAGGCUAGAAAUAACUUACAUUGUGCCAAGUGUGGUUGGCAUAAAAGGUGCAGUGCUUCGAGCAAUGCCCGCCAGUCCCAGUCAGCAAGGGUGUUGGGAGUGGGAGCCCCAAACACCAGAUUUCUAGAAGCCCGGUUUAGAUUUACACAGAAGUUGGGGGUAAUACUUUAACAACAGAAUUCAUCCAAAUGCCAAAUGCCUGUUUAAGGGUGCUUUUUUCCGGGGUGGGGGUAGAGCGAUUAUGAUUCUCUGUGCCCACACCAUCAGCAGGCUGCUAAUCUGCCUAUUUCCCAGUGUGUUUGUGGUGCGUAACAUUUUGUUGCCUUUGUAUAUGCACACGUCUUGGAAGGUUGGCUGGUCCAACGCUCACAUUCUUUCCUUUUGUUGUCUUCUUGGCAGGGGCCUUCUUGAUACCUUAUACCGUCAUGCUGGCUCUGGCAGGGCUGCCUUUGUUCUUCCUGGAAUGCUCGCUUGGGCAGUUUGCCAGCUUGGGACCCAUUUCUGUUUGGAGGAUUCUACCCCUUUUACAAGGUUGGCAUUGUUUCCCUUCCCACAUUGGUUUCCACUGGGCUGCCAUGAAACAUCCACACACUCACACGCAUACACAACACUUCCUGGGAAGGUUUCUGUUUGCAGCUCUCUAAUGCAAAAUCGAGGGUGGUUUGUGCUCAUUUUUUUAUUUUGGAAUGUAUUUUAAUCUACCACCCUCUCAUAAUAUAUCAGGGUGGUGCAGAGCAAUAUACAAACAUUUUUUUUAAGCAGCACAGAACAGACAAUUUGUGUGAGUUUUAAGCAACUGCAUAGGCCUGCCAGCUUGAUAACACCUCCAUGAGAUGCCUGAGAAGUGAGGGUGCUUGCUGGAUCACUGCUGGAAGAGUGCCCCACAGAAUGGGGCUGGUGACACUAAACGCCUGACUUACGGAUGAAGCCAUUUGGGCCAUUGCAACGUGAGGGGCAACAAACAGCACUCCUCCGGGUGAUCUCAGGGAUUGGACCACAGGCAGUCCUUAAGGUGCCCUAGACCCAAGUUGUUCAGGGGUUUAUAUAUCAACACAACAGCCUUGAACAUAUGAAUAUAAGAAGAGCCAUGCUGGAUCAGGCCAAAGGCCCAUCUAACCCAACAAACAUCCUGUUCUCACAGUGGCCAGCCAGGUGCCCCAAUGUGGGUGCAGCAGCAUUGAUUCUCAGCAACUGGUAUUCAGAGGCACACAGCCUCAAACAGUGGAGGGAGACCCAUAGACACUGUAUGUUAAAAAUGCACAGCCUGUCUCAAAUUGAAUUGUACAUUCCUGGUAAGUUCCCUUGAAUCCCUCUUAAAAGAAUAAAGAAGUCAAUAAAAGAAGUUUACUUACAUCAGUUCAGGGUUGAAUCCCUGAAGGCAGACUUAGUUACAAAUAUGUACAUGUGGAUCUACCCCAUAUGGGGGAGUAAUCCCAGUGUUCUGCUAUCUGAGAGCUAGCAGAGCAGUCCUAACUAGAAUCUGGUCAAAUGAAGAAAGAAGUGAAAAAGAGAGAGGUGUGCUGCGUGACUCGUCCUUUUGAUACCUGGACAGGUUACAUCAUGCCCACCUUCUAUCACAUGCAAAAAGAAGGAUGCUCUAGCCAGGAGGAACGGGAAGUUUUGACUGGCUGAACCAAACACUCCCUCACACAUCUUCUCUAGCUUUUCAAGGAAUGUUGUACUUGACUGCCUCUCAUGGAUUACAUCCCACAAUAUUUACCCCCAAAAGAAUUUGAUCUAGAACUUGAGUCAAUCAGUUUCCAUCCACUCCGUCUUUUGCAUCUUCCUUGUCUUGCUUGUGGCUUAUUGGGAAAGCAGCAGAGGAAGCAAAAAUGCAUGCUUGGUGGUCAAAACUGUGCUACAAUAAUAGCGUACGGGAUAUUCACCACCCCUUGGAUGAAAAAUGUUAAGAGGUAGGAGGCGUGAUCCCUGGGGACCAUUCAUAAACUCAACAACACAUCUGAUUUGUAUCCUCCUUGACUGCUUUUGCCUGGUUGGAAAUGUGCCCUUAAACUCUUAUCAUGCCUCUUGCAUAGGUGUAGAAGCCAGGGUACUGUAUAGAGGUAAAAUUAACAUUUGUUGCUCUGUCCACUUUUGCAUCUAGUAUGUGGCCCCUGGAAAGGGAUGCUUCCCUUAGGCUCAGUGUUGCCAAUCUCUGCUCUAGAAAGUGCUUUGACCCAUGUGGAAUGCCGUUUUCAACUAGAAAGUUUGGAGGACGGUUUGGGCAGGAGGGAUGAGAUAGGGAUGGCUCCCCACAAGCCUUAUUCUCCAAUCCAGUGAGUCUGUUAAAUAAUUUUGAGGGAAUGAACAUCAUGGCCAUUAGAAAUGCUCUUCCUGCUCUUAUCACGAUGUCUCCUCUCUAUCCCUUUAGGAGUCGGAGUCACAAUGGUGAUCAUUUCAACGUUUGUGACCAUCUAUUACAAUGUCAUCAUUGGCUACAGCCUCUACUACUUGUUUGCCUCCUUCCAAAGUGUCCUCCCUUGGGCAGAUUGCAAUCCUGAGUGGGCCAAUGCAAAUUGCAGCAAGACGAGGCUAGGUAAGACUUCCAUAGCAGCAGACUGUUCUUUCAAGCUCAUUCAAUAAUCCUUGAUCGUGUUGCAACUUAUUUACAGUAAACUGAUGCCGUGGUCUCUUGCUGUUGCUGAAUGAUGGCUUAUUUGGCGUCUGGAUUAGUGCAUCAUUUUUCUUUACCCCUCCCAAAUGGUGCCUCAGUAUAUAAGUGCAAUGUUGCAACAGUCCAUCACACAUCAGUGUGUGACCAAGAAACAGGGAUGGACUCUGCAAAUGAAGCGUGUGGACAUGCAUAGGUGGCACUAUACAGUUAGAAGCGAGUUUGGUUAUCUGUGGCCAAGUCACCAUGGGCAGAAAGCAAGCUGGGACCCUACUGCUAACGGUGUCCUCUAAGUCUGUAGUGGUUGGCAGGGUGGGAAAGUGGCUCUUACCUGGUUUCCUGCCCACUGUGUCACUGCGGAAAGGGAUGAGGCUGGCACAGUUGAAACACACAGGCAGAACCAAUCUGGCACUCCAACCAAUGCAUUUGUACUAUGCUGACCUCACCACUCCUCCUUCUUUUGGGUAAGCUGCAGCAAAACUGGAGACGGGAGGUCUGCUAAGCACCGGUGCCCCCCCCCCCCGACUGUUACUACACUAACUACAACCUUCCCCCCUCCCCCCGCCUGCAUCUACUUGUCUGGGGAAAUACAGAGUUUGCCUCCACGCUCAACAACUUCUGUUCAUUUGAACCUCCAUGUUACCAGUAUGGAAUGUGGACUGAUAAAACACUGCAAAAGAGCAAUCUUGAUGUGGUCAUAUGUAUGAUUGCAAUGCAAGGAAGCUCUGUAGUACAAUGGUAGAGUAGCCCAGGAUCUCCAGGCUGGGCCAGGAUAGACUUCCUGUACAAAGCCCUGGAUAGUCAGUGUAGACAAUACUGAGUUAGAUGGGCCUAUGGUCUGACUCAGUCUAAGGAGGCUUCCUAUGUUCAGUUCAUUUUUCGGGGUGAUCUACUGAUAGGUAUAGGCAUCCAUAAGGUAAAGGUAAAGGUACCCCUGCCCGUACGGGCCAGUCGUGUCCGACUCUAGGGUUGUGCGCCCAUCUCACUUAAGAGGCCGGGGGCCAGCGCUGUCCGGAGACACUUCUGGGUCAUGUGGCCAGCGUGACGAAGCUGCUCUGGCAAACCAGCACCAGCGCAGCACUCGGAAACGCCGUUUACCUUCCCGCUAUAAAGUGGUACCUAUUUAUCUACUUGCACUUAAGAGUGCUUUCGAACUGCUAGGUGGGCAGGAGCUGGGACCGAAAGACGGGAGCUCACCCCGCCGCGGGGAUUCGAACCGCCGACCAUGCGAUCGGCAAGCCCUAGGCACUGAGGUUUUACCCACAGCGCCACCCGUGUCCCAUACAUAGUGGCAUCCAUACAUAGUGGUAAAACACCACACCAAGACUCUUAAUACACCUGGAUGUGCAGUCACAUUGAGAUGGCCUGUUUUCUACAGUGUUUUAACCUAUGUGUGCAAGUGCUGAUGCAAACUGACAAAGCACCACAUAAAAAGAACCAAUGCAAUUGGGGUGUUAAUUGGUGGCUAUCAGGUCCCCCAUCAUUUUCUGUAGGCCAGUCUUCCCUGUCCUGGUUCCUCCAGGUGUUCCUGGCCUCCAGCUCUCAGUAUUAGCAGCCAGCAUGGCCAGUGGUCAGGGAUGACGGGGAUUAAUAAUACAGUAGAGAGUAUAGGUUCCUACACAGCUCAGCACCAAAUUACCUGGAAGACCUGCUUUAUCUCUUAUACAUUCACUGUGCUCUGCAGAAGAGUUUCUCCUGCAAGUUCCAAAGAUCUCAGAAAGCCUGCUUUGCAGUAACCUGGAGCAAGGCUUUUAGUGUGUUGCCCCUGUCUGUGGAAUAGCAUUCUUGUUGAUAUACAACAGACGACCAUCACCUGCACCUUGUAGAAACCAUUGGAGACAGUUUUGCUCCAACAGGCUUUCCCAGUUAGAUAAAAUGGCUCUUUACCAUAAGUGUUCACUGGUUACGGUUUUAGUUUUGCUCUAAAGGUAUUUGCUGUUUUUCUGUUUCUAACUGUUUUUGUCAUAUGUAUAAAUCACUCUGACAGAGGUUUGGGAAGUGAUUAAUAAAUGUGACAAUGACAACAACCACAACAACAUCCAUCAACAUCAAGGUCCCCAUCCUUGCUUGUUCCGUACAGACACACACCCUUUGUGUCAUUGCAAUGGGCAUUCUGCUCAUAAGAAAUGGUCAGAGGUCAAAAUCACACUGGGGGUUAAAAAUGUUUUUGCUGCUGUUGCUUCACAUACCCCUUCCUUCUGCAGAACUGCUGAGCAACACUUUUUUGUCUUUCAGUGUUAAACUGCAACAUUACAUUAGAGGAUGAGACUACUAUCAACGCGAAUUACUCUUGGGUUGAGAAAAACAACCACACCUGCAUCAAUGGCACCAAGGUGUUUGCGAACACCCAGGCUCCCAGCGAACAAUACUGGAAGUGAGUCCUGGGCCUGUUGCUCUUCCAGUUGAAAUGUGGUCUGCAGGUGUCAUUGGGUGCCCUCAGUGGGUGGAGGGGCUGUGGCUCAACAGCUACACACAGAAGGAACUCAGGUUUGAUCCUUGGCAUCCCCAGGUAGAAAAAUGCCUAGUCAGUGUAGACCAGCAUUCGCCCAACCUUGUACUGUCUGGAUGUUUUAGACCACGACUCUCGUCGAUGGCCAGGGAUGAUGGGCAGCAAGUGGAGAAAGAAGGUACAGACAGCAUUGAGCUAAAUAGGCCAGUGGUCUCACUUAGCCAAACUCUAGUACACACCAGAUUUUUAAAGCACAUUCAGAGCACACCACCCCAAAAAGAAUCCUGGGUUCUGUAGUUUGUUAUCGGUGCUGGGAACCUUAGUUUGGUGAGGGGUAAUCUACCAUUCCCAGGUUUCUUUGUGGGGAAGAAUGUGCUUUAAAGGUCUGGUUUGCAUACAGUCGUAGGCAACUACCUAUGACCUUUAAAACAAUGGCAUUGUGAGGUAAGACUCUGCUGACCCCCAUUUUACAGAUGGGGAACUGAGAAACUUGCCCAAGGCCACAAACAUGAGCAACAGGGUUCUUCCAUAUCCAAGCUGACCUUUGUCCAUCCACCUCUAUCAACAACCUUUUUGCAACACCCCCCCCCCCCAAAAAAAACCCCAAUCACUACCUAUCCUGAAGCAGUUUAACAACACAGGAGGGCAGAUCCUGAAAUGUUAGGCAGUUUUGUCUCCCACCCAAAACUCAUUGAUCAUUAAGCAUCUACCUAGGUGACCCCUUUGUUCAGGUGUAUACAACCUGAAAGGGGCAGGCAUUGGAGAGUGGCAAUGACACCUGAACACAACUAAUUUGCAGGUGUGUCACCUGCCCUGCUUCUUUUGUGCACUAAUCAUUAUGGGUUGCGGCACAUUUGCCCAAUGAGUAAUAUGAGUAAUAAAAGCUACGUUGUUAGUGAAACAACAUGGUACAGCCUCCAGAAGAGAGACAUGGAUCCUGGUUUGCUUUGAGAAAUGUGACAUUGCCAAUAUUGCUUGGGAAACCUUGCAAGCUGGUGGUGGGACUUCACAAGAUCAGUUCUCCAAGCUCAAAACCCAGAGGCAAAAGAAUCAGUGCCCAGGGCCAGGAUGAAACCUUGGCAAGCUAGAUCUGGUUCAGACACGCAGACGUAGUGUAUGACCAAGUCAAGAUUAAGCUAGUAUUUGUUGUCAGAGGAAAUCUUGGUGAAUCAAAACCAAAUAGCUUCUAAACCCCUUUGUCUGGCCUGUAACAUAUUCUUAGGCCAUUCUCCCAUCCCUGGGUGAAAUAAAAGUUCCUAAGCCAAACUGGGGUCUGCAGGAUGUAGGAGCCCCUUUUGGAGGUUACACAGAUGCCUUCUUUAGAACACCUCAUUUUGCACAGCUGGCUACAGCACUCCGUUCUAAGUGAUGUCUUUGCUGAUGCUUCCCUUGUCUCCCCCCAGCAACAAGGUCCUUCAGCGUUCAAGUGGCUUAGACGAGACUGGGGAGGUUGUGUGGUACCUCGCCCUCUGCCUUCUCCUUUCCUGGCUGAUUGUGGCAGUGGCCUUGUUUAAAGGAAUCAAGUCUUCGGGAAAGGUAGGCUUAACCCAGACACGUUGGGCUACCAGCUGCAGUGCCAGCCUCCUUUGCGUGAGAAAAGGACAUAAUCAGUCCACCAGAUCUGCUCUCCCUCUCUUUGAUCAAGCCUGUGCUCCAAUGGGAUGCAAACACAUUGAAAGGAAAACACUCAGAUGAACUCCCUGCUCAAACCCUGGAGAGCAACUGCUUGUCAAGUGCAUACUGUACUGAAGUUGAUGGACAAAGCAGUUUCCCAAGUCCAGCCCUUUAUUUAGAGUGAGGCACUGUUUUCAAGGGGAGGGUCAUAGGUCCAUGGUAGAGGGUCUGCCUUGCAUGCAGGAGGUUCCAGGUUCAAUCCCCAAUGUCAGGUAGGGCUGAGAGCUGUGACCAUCAAAGAACCAUAGAGAUGUUGAAUUGUAGAGUUGGAAGGGACCCUAAGGGCCAUCUAGUCGAAACCCCUGCAAUGCAGGAAUAUGCAGCUGUCCCAUACGGGGAUCGGACCUGCAGUCUUGGCAUCAUCGACAUCGUGCUCUAACCAUCUGAGCUAUCUAGAUGUAGACUUUACUGAGUUAGGCAGACGAGUUGUCUGACUUGGUUUACAGCAGCUUCCUAUGCAGCAGUGGUCAGGCCCACUCUAGAAAAUCCAGAAUAACUUUGGAUAGUUCAAGCACCUUUGGGCACCAAAGCAAGAGUACCAGCAGCCACUGCCUAGACUUGUGUUCACAGAUACAUGAGCUUAUGAGAGCCUGCAUUUCUUUCCAGUCAGCCGCAAUGGCAUAAUUGUCCCCUUGUUUCAAUGUGGGAUGUUCAGGCUUGUUUCAUACCUAUCUACAGAAUAAAAAUCUCCCUUGAGAAGAGGUUGUGCAACAUAGCUCAGAACUCCCUUGAGUUGGAAGAGAGUUCGCAUUCACACCAUGCAUUUAAAGCUCUUUAAACCUCCCUGGCUUCUUUCCUCAAAGAAUCCUGGGAGCUGUAGUUUAAGGGUGCAGCGGCAAUUUUCAGAGUGGUUUAACAGUCAAUCCCUCUUCACAGGGAACUCUGGGAACUGUAGCUCUGUGGGGGCAAUAAGGGGGUCUUCCAACAGUUCUCAGCACCCUUAACAGACUACAACUCCCAGAAUUCUUUAGGGGAAACCACGACUGUUUAAGGCAGUAUCAUGUUUUAAAUUCAGGGUGGCGAGAGAGAGAAAUUUAGAAGGUUAUCCAUCUGCAUAGGGUUUCUGGCAAGUGGUGGUGGUGAAGCAAUGAGAGGGCUUCUGUUUGUGAGAGCAGAACCAGCCUGGCUGGCUCAGUGAUGACAUCCUGAGAGUGCAAUGAUUAUUCUAAGCACUGCUAAGCUCAGGGGCCGACUCCCUUUCCUUCUCCAGUCACUGAGAAGCAUCGGCAGGGUGAUUCCACUAAAAUUAGCAGUUAACAACGUGGCAGAGGAGUCUAGUUUGGCACGGCAUUUGGGUUCUCCUAAGCAAUUCUGCAGGGCCAGCAUAGAAGGACAAGUUUGGCAGGAAGCUGUGGGUUGCUCUUAUCUAUGUUGCUCAUCUGGAGGUGAUCCCAAGGACAAGAGCUGAGGCUCCUGUGGGGUAUCACCAAUGGGAGUGUCCUCACUCGUGCACACAGUCACUCACACACUCAUGCAUUCCAGAGAACCUGCACGACUGCUCACAAUUGCAGCAGAGGAGUGAGAGGCUGUUCCCCAGAAGGAAGUUUUGCAGUACCGGCAGGAUUGAGGGAGGGGCCGUCACAAAUGCAGAUCAGCUGCUUUGCAUGUAGAUAGAAGGAACAGCUUUUACAAUUAUAAUUAUUUUCAAGAAAUAUUUUAUAUAGGCAAUCAUUGCACAUAUUAUUUAACAACCGUAUGUAUGUAAUGCACAGUGCUUUAUUUCUAGGGAAAAUGGUGCCAGUAUGCACCAUGCCCCCCCCAUCUCUCCCACCCUGCUGCUUUUUGCCUGUUCGCACACACCCCCCGCCACCAUGCUGACCCCCACUUGCCCACCCAUGCGCCCACUCCCUCCCCCCUCACACCUUUGCCUGCUGCAUCCUAGAAGUGCUUUGGCGCAAUCCUUUUACAAUCAGCAAAGUGCCUUCCAGGAACUUGCCUGACAAUCACAAAAGGAUUGUGCCAAAGCGCCUCUGCCCUGGCACCACCUUUUUACAAUAAUCAGGCACCGACCUGAAAGGCUUUGGCAAAGAUAAAAGGGUCACAUGAAUUUGUAGCAUGGGGGCGGGGGGAGAGGUGGCAAUACAGCCUACUGGUGCAUACCACCUUUAAAAAAAAUGCACUGGUUUUAUAUUAAAUAGCUCUGGGACACUAUUUAUUUAUUUAUUUACUUACUUACUUACUUUAUUUAUUUAAUAGAUUCAUAGUAUUGUAGAGUUGGAAGGAACCCCAAGGGUCAUCUAGUCCAACCCCCUGCAGUGCAGGCAUCUCAGCUCAAGCAUCCAUGACAGGUGGCCAUCCAACCUGUCUUUAAAAACCCCCAAGGAAGGAGAGUCCACCACCUCUCAGGGGAGUGUGUUCCACUGCCAAACAGCUCUUACUGUCAGAAAGUUUUUCCAUAUGUUUAGUCAGAGUCUCUUUUCUUGUGACUUGAAGCCAUUGGUUCGAGUCCUUCCCUCCAGAACAGGAGAAAACAGGCAUAUUUCUUCCUCCAUAUGACAGCCCUUAAGGUAUUUGAAGAUGGCUAUCAUAUCUCCUCUCAGUCUUCUCUUUUCCAACAUAUUAUAAUAUCCAACAUAAUGAUAUUAUCAUUAUCAUUAUUGUAUCAUUGGGUGAUUGAUGGGUGGGCAUCUCUGCCCAUCUGUCAGAAUGACCUGUGGGUGCUGAGGGACACAAGGCAUCCAUCUCAUUGGCUGCAAGUGGCUCCCUGCUCCAGAUCUAGUGAAAUCCUCCAUUUAAGACUCACUCCCACCCUGACUCCACCUUCUACAUCCUCCUCCCAAAUCCAAAAUUUUGAUCAUUCCUUCAUUUCUUUUCUCAUCACCACAGAUUGUUUACUUCACAGCAAUCUUCCCCUACGUUGUCCUUGUGAUAUUGCUGGUCCGAGGUGCCACUCUAGACGGUGCUCUGGAGGGCAUUGAGUUCUACAUUGGAAAGCAGUCUAAUUUCACCAAGCUCACAGAGGCAGAGGUGAGUGUGUCCUGGCAGGUGGUGGAAUUGGGCUGAGCACGGCUUCUGCCAGAUAUCAGAUAACAGCACAGAAGGGCCACAGAAGGGUCAGUGUUAGAGCACUGUCUGGGAAUGUCCCCUGCCUGAAAACUUGGAACGCUGCUGCCCGUCAGUGUAAAGUGACAAUACUGAGCUAGAUAUGCCCAGGGAUCUGACUCUAGGGCUGGAUCUACACUGAUCAGGAGAACACUAUAAAAAUGCUAUAAAAAUAUUGCUCUCAGGGCAAUUUCCCACUGGUGACAGAUUGCUGCUCUACAGUCCCCUCACACUUUUAUAACACAUUUUUAACAGUAUAACUCACCCGUGUAGAUUAGUCCUAGGUAAGGCAGCUUCUUAUGUACCAUUAAAUCAGCUCUUUAUCUUCAACCAUGAAAGCCUUACCUUUUAAGAGAAAGGUCAUUGGUGCAUGGCAGAACAACUGCUUUGCAUUUGGAAGGCCCCAGGUUCAAUCCCCAACGGACUUUCCAGGGCUGGGGUGUCCUCUCCUUGAAACCUUGGGGAGUCAUGACCUCUUAACAUCUCCAUAACUGGGCUAUGGACCAAUGGUCUGACAUUAUAUAAAGGAGCUUCCUAUGAUGUUCCUAAGAGGGAUUAAGUCCCUGUUAUCCUCUUUCCACACUACUGAUAACAGGCAAAGUGGGAAUUCCUACAUACCUCCCCUCUGCACCCCCCCCCCCAAAUGUAUGAGUUCCAGUGUGGCAUUAAAAUGCAUCAUUUCCCAGUCUGAACAUGGCAGGCAUCGUUGCAAAAACUUCCUGUUGUCUAACAUUGCUGGAUGAAGAGAGCAGGGACGUUAUAUUUUAAAAAAAUAAAUAUGAGCAGAAUCAGGCCACACACCUAAACUUCCCCUUGUUCCUCAGAGAUGUUUCCUCCACUGUCAGAAGAGGAUGUUGGACUAGAUGGGCCCCCUUGGGCCUGACCCAGCAAGCUCUUGUGUUCUUAUGUUGGCUACCCCAGCCUAUACCUGUGUACAGCAGCCUUUGCAACACACAUGCCUAUUACAUUGCAGGGAUUGUGAUGCAAUAAUAUCUAUAUUGUCCACCCCCACCUCCAUCUGUCUUUCUCAAGGUCUGGAAAGAUGCUGCCACACAGAUUUUUUUCUCUCUGUCUGUUGCGUGGGGAGGGUUGGUCGCCCUCUCCUCAUACAACAAAUUCAACAACAACUGCUAUUCGGACGCCAUUUUUGUCUGCGUGAUAAACUGCCUCACAAGCGUCUUUGCUGGUUUUGCGAUUUUCUCCAUCUUGGGACACAUGGCACACGAGGCAGGCAAGAAAGUCUCAGAAGUCGUCGAUUCAGGUAGACUGGAGAAAUACUGUUUAGAUCCAUCUAUGGCUGUCUACUUUUAAGGGACAUUUAAAGCAUGCGACACUUCCCCCCGCCCGCCCCCCGAAUCCUGGAAACUGCAGUUUGUUAAGGGUGCCGGGAAUUGCAGCUCUGUAAGGGGUAAACUACAGUUCUCAAGAUUCUCUGUGCUUUAAAUGUAUGAUGUGUUCAUAGUUCAUGCCUGGCUGAAGAUGCACCAAAUGCAUUUGUCCUGCAGUGGCUGCUUGACAAGGAGGACUAUAAGUAAUCUUGAGAAAUACGGAUUAUGGGAUUCUCUGCAUGUUUGCUCAGAGUAGACAUGAGGGUGGGAGGCUCAAGACAGCUGUAGCUCAGAAUCUUCUUUUUUAAUCCAAAUUACAGCAAUAAUUUUAUUUGCUCAACCAAAGUGCUGGUCUAAUUGCUGUUGGCUGCCAAUUAAUUAGCAGUUAACAGCCAAGUUACAGGUGCUGGCUUAAGUGUAUAAAGCCCUAUGUGGCUUGUGACCAGGAAACCUGAAAGAUUAUCUCACCCCAAUCAAUUACUAUGCUCUGCACGUGAAGGCCUCCUUAUCUGGAGAUUUCUUCCACACAAGAAAGAAAGCAGGUCUUUUGUGUUGUGGUACCUAUCCUAUGUAACUCCCUCCCAUUAAAUAUUAGACAGACACUUCCUCUGAUGUUUUUUCCAGUGCCAACUGAACACCUUCCUCUUUUAAAUGGAGAUCUUUCCCAGUCUGUGUUUGUACUGGAAUUAUUAAGUUAGUGGUUUGCUGCCCUCCGUUAUUUGGGGAAAGGAUGAAUCGGGCCUAAUUUUAAGAAGCAAAUGAUUUAAUGAUAAAUAAAAUAUCACAAUGAUAGUGUGCCAGCUUUUCAUCACGCUAGAUACUAAGCAGUAAAGGUUGGGGGGAGGAAAGGCUGGCUGGUGUUGAAGCCAUGACCCUGUGUGUAUCUGCCUGCAGUCCUGACCUGGAAUGUGGGGAGAGAAAACGGACAUUCAAAUGUGGCGCUCUUGGGUGUUAUAGAGCAGCAGUGGGCUAUGGUAAGCACCCCCUACUUGUGUGUAGGGGUGGGGGGGAAAUUCUAUGCAGUUUGCAUUUAAAGUUGGAUCUAUCAAAUUUGCACUUUCGAGAAGUAUAUGAGAAGCAGAGCACAGCCAGCCAGCCAUCAAAAUUUGCACUUCUCCAAAUUUGGCAAUGCAGCGCUCCUACCAACCAAUGUUUACAAAAAUGCUUAUUUCAGAGAAAAGCAUGCCUAAAAAAUGAAAGCAUUCGUGGAAAUGACAUACAAAAAUGCAUUCCAUUAGGUAUUUAUUUGUUUGUUUCCUGCCCUCCCCGGAACUGGGAAGUGACUUGCAGAAAUGUUUGCAGUCAAAAUAACAUACAAAAAAUGUGUUGAUUAGGAACACACACACAAAAAAAUGAUGAAACACUGGCGUAUUUUCAUGCCUCUGUACACUAAGAAAGUACAACAAUUGCUUCAAGAAUGUAGAGAAUCUAAGACCGAAAAAGCAAACAAGCUGGGAGAAGCAAAAUAAAAAAGAUCCUUCCAUUAAUUCUCCUGAGCUUUCUUAGAACUGUGACAAAUUGGAUCCUAGCCUUACCAUGAGGCAGAGAGAGAGCUGAGGGUACAGAAGGAUGGGGAGCGAGCACAGGUUUGUGUGCCCUGCCCCAUACCCUAUAUGGUCGCCCAGUGGUUUUCAACCUGUGUGUCGUGGCCCCCGGGGUGCCUUGAAUGAUGGUCGAGGUGCCACGGGCAACCCUGGCCUCUGUCCCUCUUUCGUUCCCUCCCUCCACGGAUGCCCUCUCUCAAGCCUGCCAAAGGCUUGCCCAGCUGUUUGCUGCAGCAGCCCUGGCUAUAAGCUCCGCAGGCCAAUGGUGCCUCUGGGGCUGGCCAGGGGGUGCUGGUUGCCAGGAGCAGAGGCGGCCUCAGAGUAAGCAAGCAAGCGGGCGAGGGAGCCCAGACAGCCAGUCCACCAGCCCUUGCUGUUGGGAAAUGGACAGACGAGAGGGAGGCUGGGCAGGCAGCCAGCCAUUACACUGGCCUUUCUUGUGCUCACUGUGUGCAAGGCCUGCCUGGGAGGUGAGUGCCCUGUGCUAAAGGGGAGCCCUUCCGCCAGGCAGGCCUGGCAGCACCUGCUGCUGCCACUGCUGCCUCCCAAGGUGAGUAAAGUGCUGGCGUCACAUUCACCUUUGGCCAGUGUUCGUCAGGCUGCUAAGGCUGGGGGCAUCCUCUUCCCAGCCCCCCCCCCGGGGGGUGAGGAGGCACCUCUCUUUGUGGGGGCGGGUGGAAGCAGCUGCCCAGAGGACUCCCAAAGGGAGGGGAGGGGAGGCUGAGGGAGCACUCCACCAGGGAUGGUGUUUGAAAAAGGGUGAGAGGCUUCCAGCUCUGGAGGCAAGCGGGGGGGGGGGGACAUAACUGAUCUCCUGAGCCCCACAGGGGAACCACAGAAAGAAUGUAGUUGGUCAAGGGAGCAGUGGACCCAAAAAGGUUGAAAACCUCAGGUGCUACAGAGGAUGCUGCCCCCUGACAUGUGGGGAGACGCCACCUUCUCCUUCACCUACUUUUGCUGUGACAGGCUGUGGGCGUCCGGGGGUUGUGCUGCUCUUGGGAUAUGUGUUGGUAGGGAAGUUGGAGCAUUUCAUUGAAACCGGAAACAGAAAAAAUCCCAUCAAUUCAUAUAUUCCAAGGCCAGAAACAGAAAUCCCACAAGCAAAUAUGAGCGGCAUUCGCUAUCAUUGUGAGGGGUUUUUAGUCCACAAGCAUUGAAUAAAUAUGCUGUUUUCCUCCAUUGAAAUCAAAUGCAUGAUUAUGUAAUUAAUUGCAUUAGUUUUGGCCAUGGCAAAUAGCAAGAUGAACAAGGUAGAUUUUAGCAGAUGCCGAAUUGCAGCAGAAUGAAUGGAAUGAGAGCUGAUUUUGAUGAAACUAGGCUGGAGAUUGCAGCCUCCCUGUUGCUCUUCCUUGAUCCACAGCAUCAGAGGCCUCCAUUGAGACACUGCAAGAAACCACUUCCUGUUGCCUUCUCAUCCCACAAUUGUUUCUCUUCUGUUACAGGCUUUGAUCUGGCGUUUGUUGCCUAUCCGGAGGCCCUUUCGAAGCUCCCCGUCGCCCCCCUCUGGUCCUUCUUGUUCUUCUUCAUGCUCCUGCUCCUGGGGCUCGAUUCCCAGUUUGCUACUGUAGGUGAGUCAUGCUACAAAACAAGCUGUUCCUAUCUCAGCCACUCUUCCCUGUGACCUUCAUGCUAAUCUCCAGCCUUGAUUCGCGCAGCUGGUUUCCUGAUGCAAAGAUGAAAGCUAAGCUGGCUGGGGGGCCUCUGCCAAGGACUGGCUCCUUUUUUGUUUAAGUUUAUAAUUUUAUUCUAGCAAGAUUCCAGCCCCAGGUCUCAGACAAACUCUGCACAAGCCUGUUCAUAGGUGUUCAUUUAUGUAUUGCUUUUAAACCUAGUAUGAUGGGGAAAUAGUAAUGAAAUCAAUAGACUUUAUAAACAAAUAGACAUGAUAAGAUUAGCAAGCAAUAUAUACAACAAAAUUCCAUGUCUGGGUAGCCUGGCCUGAACAGAAAAGUCGUAUGCUUAGGAUUGCACUCUUUAGUUAAUAAUUUAUUAACAUUUGAAACCUCCUCAAAUGAACCCUUGAUUAAUCAGUCAGCAGAGAUUAUAUUAAAUUUUAUUUCAUCAGGUUGCCACUCUGAACUGUCUUCCUAGGAUUACAGUCCCUUAAACUCUGCAAACCCUUCUGCGGAAAUGAAUUAUUUGCAAUGCAUGUUAGAUUGGUGAACUUCCGCACAUUUAAAGCACACGGCUUCCCCCAAAGAACCCUAGGAAUUGUACUUCUAGGGAUUCAGUUCCUCAUACCCUUGAGAAACAACAGUUUCCAUUAUUCUUGGGACAACAGCUUCCAUUAUUCUUUGGUGGGGAAGUUGCACACUUUAAAUGUAUAGUGUGUAUAGUGCAGCUUGAAAUGAUAAAAUAAAUCAAUAGUACUAAUGCUCACCAUGCCCACUUUAUCCUGCAGAGACCCUUACAACCACCAUCCAAGAUGUUUACCCCAAACUUAUGAAGAAAAUGAGGAUCCCAGUGACCUUGGGCCUGUGCACCAUGCUAUUCCUGCUUGGGCUUGUCUGUGUUACGCAGGUAGGAAGGAGCAAAGCCUCCAUGGGCCCACCUUCUCCCUUGAGGCACGGGACCCCAGGAGGAUAGAAUUUGUGAAUCUCUCAUCUCAGGGACAAAGGGGGGUGGGAAUCACUAUAGCCUUUUCCAGAUGACUGUCCUAUUGAGCAUGCAUCCUGGGUUAUGUGCACGAAGCUUACACACUGGUCAGACUGUGGCUCCAUCUCCACUAUGCAUUUAAAGAACUGUGGUAGUGCUUUAAACAGUGAUGGUGCUGAGAGUUGUUAAGAGAACCCCUAUACCCUCCUCAAAACUAUAACUCCCCGAGUGGUUUAGCACACUCGUUCCCUCUACGCAGGGAGCUUUGGGAGAUGUCGCUCUGCGAGGAGAAUAAGGAUCUCCUUAACAACACUCAGCACCCAUGGCAAACUACGCUUCCAAGGAUUCUUUAGAGAAAGUCAUGAUUGUUUGAAGUGGUGUGAUACUGCUUUGAAUCAUGGCCCAGUUGAUGCCCGAUUCCCAAAAUUGAGUGAUCAUCCUGGUUGGCUGUGCAUGUUCCUGCUAAUGAUUUGUGCAUCCUGCACUUCUCAGUGCAUUUCCUGUCACUUCCCUAGCUGCAAAAAGUCUCUUUUAAAGGGAGAAUAAGGAUAAGAGGAUUUGUCGUGCAAGGGCAAGAGAGUGCCCUUUUAACCACGUGAGCCUAUAUUUCUGAGAUGUGAUUCAGUCCCUCCUGGAAGUAGUGACACUUAGAAGAAGGAAUGGGGGAGAAAUUAAUUUGAAGUUUGGGUUUAAAGAUAAACCUACUGGAUUUCCAAAACAGUAUACAAAUUGAAACACACCCAUGCUCCCAAAUUCAUCUUCCUCCGAAAUUUGCAAUGCAGUUCUCCAGCCAAGUACUGUGUACAAAAAUUGCAUCCAAUUUAAAUGCAUAUGCUGUUGAAAAUAACACAAAAAUGCAUUAAAGUGGAAGAAACGGCUUUGCAAAAAUGUGCAUAAUAGGCAAAACUGCAUACAAUAAAUGUGUAUAUUAGGAAAAAAUCACACUAAAAUGCUGAUAAAUUUUCAUGAAGAGUUAAAUGAGAAAUUGCUGCAUUUUGUUAAUGCUGCAAAAAUGUGAACUGAACUUAGGAACUUGAGAAACAGAGGAAACAAAAAUUGACAGACUUGUCCAUCCCUAAUCUAGAGACACGUGAGAGAGAUCUGCGUGGAAUGGAACUAACUUUUCUGCUGCCUUUCAUCCUGUUUCUGCAGGCAGGGAUCUACUGGGUCAACCUGGUGGACCAUUUCUGUGCUGGCUGGGGGAUCCUUUUUGCAGCUGUCCUGGAGCUGGUGGGGAUCUGCUGGAUUUAUGGUAAAUGAUGAAUGCCGUGUCACCCAGCCCCUAAUAAAACACUAACCUCACCAAACACCCCCCAGUCCCAAAGCAGCAACAGCAACUUCAUGAUUAGGAAGGCUUCAUCAACCUUAGUGGUGGAGCUUCUUGUUCUGGCACGGGGGGGGGGGGCAGAGAGCAGGUGGGGGCAGACUGGCGUGUGUCCUGGGGGUGGUGCGCUGCCUGCAGGGGCGUGAUGUGCAUCCUGGGGGCAUGGCGCACUGCCUGUAGGGGCGUAGCACCCAGCACGGGGGGGGGGCAGCUGCAAUGGCACCCCACCGGGAUCGUGGUGCUGGGGACAGUGCGUUCCCCCCGCCCCCCUCUUCCUCCGCCAGUGAUCAACAUUUAACAUCUAACUUAAAUUUUGAUAAUUCAGUCUCCCAAAUGCAUUGCUUUAUAUACUACCUCGACCUGGUCAAAUGGCUAGACCCAGUGACACCCAUAAUUGUAACAUUGAAUUAGCAGCUUUCUUUGUUUGUUUGUUGCUUUUAUAUCCCUUUUUUCCUUCUAAGGAGCUCAAGGUGGUGUACAUGGUUCCAUCAUGAAAUUCUACUCAAUAUUGAUCCAGAGCAGAACUCCAAAGUAUAGUUAGCAGAAUAAAAACUUCAACAUAUUGCAGGAUUCCCCCCAAAAUAAACCAGAGGCAAUUAUAUUUCAUCCAGAAGAGUUUUACUGCUACUGAAGGCAAAUGAGCAUAACGGUUACAAAUCCAAUAUAUUCAGGAUUGUCACUGUCCAUAAGAAAUCCAGUUGCAGCAGACUUAACUUAAACUUACAAUAACUUAUAAUAAGACUAAACCUUAAUACUAAGCACACUAUGUACAAAACACCACACCAGAAGGAAAAGAGAUAAAAAGAGACAGUUAAACCCAGGCUCCUUCUGGCCGAUUAUCAUAGUCAGCACAACCUUGACAGAAAGAGAUAAGAGAACCGGUUUAAGCCAGCUGUACUCAGCGCUCUGAAGGCAUAACCCAAACAUCAGGAACCUUCAGCUUGUUUAUUUCACACAGAAAGAACCCCUUGUCAUCUAAUCCCUACAACAACUCUAUGAGGUAGACUAGGCUGAGAGGCAGCAACUGGCCCCCAAGGUCACCCAGGGGUUUCAUGAGACCCUGGUAUCCCAGGUGCAAGUCCAGCACUCUAACCACUAUGCCUGUGAGAAGGGGCUCUGUGGCCAAGCACUUGCUUUGCAUGCAGAAGGUCCCAGGUUUAAUUCUUGGCAUCAUCAUCCUCGUCAUUACAUUUGCAUCCCAUCUUCCCUCCACAGAACUGAAGGUGCAUACAUGCUCCUUCCCUUCCCCAUUUUAUCCUCACAACGACCCUGUGAGGUAGGCAGGGAAGGAGUGGGGAGGAAUCGCAGGACUCUAGCAUGGAGUCACAGGAUCUGAUCCAAGCCGGUCACAUCUUGGAUUAGAUUCUGGAGUCUACUCAAUCACUUUACCAGUCGGAGAACUCCAGUCCUGUGCCUUCUCUGUCUGUUAACAUCUCUCCCCAUCUUAAAACACUUUAGCAGCAGUUUUUCAGCCACUCCAAGGCAGAAACCUCAGUGCCACACACCUGCAAUUGAGGACAGUCUGCAGACCAUCCCAUCACUCUCAAGGGGAGUAAAAGAAAGCUGACUCUUCACAAACACAGAACUAACCCAGCGGUUUGUGUCCCCUUUGCACAGGUGGAAACCGAUUUAUCGAAGACACUGAGAUGAUGAUUGGGAAGAAAAGCUGGUUGUUCUGGCUGUGGUGGAGAGCCUGCUGGUUUUUCAUCACACCUUUACUCCUCCUCGUAAGUAGCCAACUUUUAGCAAGAGAUUUCAGUAGCUCUGAGGCUGGGGGGAGGUAGAGCUGGGCUUACAGGGAACCUCGUGGGUCAUUUUUUUCCAGCCAAGCUUCCCCAUAUUUUCCCAAAUCCAAGUCCCUCAUCUCCACAGCUGACAUCAUACAUGGUGUCAGGUAUUGGGCAGGUGGCAACAUGGCUGGAUCAGCACCUCGCAUGGUUGAUUCCUGCAGAAAGCAGGAUUAAACUCACAUGCACAUCUAGGAAUGCUUUGGAUGUGUGAGGUGUCCGCCCCGCCCCCUGCAGGAAACUGCCUUGCACACCCAAAUCCUGCAGAAUCUGGCUCACCAGCAGAAGCACAGGGAGGAGCUUAAUACUACUUGCUCCCACUCCUUGUAAUGCCAUGACGUAUAAUAUUAGAGGCCUUUGUAGUCUUUUUGCAGGCUGCCCAGAAAUAUCCUGGCUGACUGGAUAAGCUCCUGGGCUAGAGGGAGCAAAAUAUUUCCCUCACCCCAGCACUACCAUGAGAUGCCUCUCUUGGGGGGGCCAUGCGUUAUCUUGGAAUGGUUCUUAGGUGCACAGAAGAUAACAAGCCACAUUGAUUUUAGGCUUGGCUGCACCACUGAAGACAAUGACAUUGACUCUCCUUGGCACUCUGCAAACAUUAAGCAUGAAUAGGUGAAGGAUGGGGCCAUGCUCAGCCAUGUUCAAAUGCAGUGUGAAAACAGGCCAAGGUGAACUUCUCUCCCUGGUGCAGUUGCCAGACAUCUAGGUCUGCUCUGAAGUCUCCAGGUUUGCCUGGUGCCUCUUCAGGUGUCAGGUGGAGAGUUUGAAUCUCCAGGUGAGCAAGAGUGCCUUUAAUAAAAAUAUAUAUAGUAAGAAGACAGUGCAAGCUUCAGUCUGGCAGGAAUUGGCAGCAAAUGAUAGCACAAACACUCGGGGGGGGGGGUUUGCCCUCCUCUCCUCCCCUCUUCCAAUUAGCGUCCAUCUCCAGGCCCACCUCAUGACAUUACCAGGGGCCACCAUCUCUACAGCUGUGGUUCAGUCUCAGAUCCUGGCUUUCCCUUUUGGCCAGAUUUUGAAAUUAGGAAACCAAGUCUUGAAAGCUGGGCCUAAAACAUGUCUGUUCAGAUCUUGUUCAAUGCUGCACAUGCAGCUUAGUCUUGGCUGGUCUAAGUUUGACUCUCCUGUUUCUCUAACUUUUUUUCAAACAGGCAAUUUUGAUUUGGUCUUUGGUCACAUUUGAGCGCCCAACAUUUGGCUCUGUGGAAUACCCAGUUUGGGGAGCUGCUGUUGGUUGGUGCAUGAUCAUGUUCUGCCUGAUUUGGAUUCCCAUCAUUGCCAUUUACAAGAUAUCAAAAGCAAAAGGGAGCUUGUGGCAGGUGAGUGCUUUGAGGUAUCAUGAACUCUGCUCUGAUGGGAUAGUCGCCCUUCUCUGGGUCCCUUCAGAUGUCCUUUAAUUGUGCAUUCGUGAUGAUUUGUGAUCACAAUACUAUUGAAGUGGUUAGACGCAAUCCUGAUACUGUUUGUGCCUGUAAAGAUUUUGGGGCAGCUUCAUUUCCCAUCAGUGCAUACCCUGUAACUUCCGGUUGAAAUUCCUUAACUUUUCAUACCACAAAUGUUCUGGCAGGCGGGUGCCCUGCUUUUGUUCUGCUGUAGCCCCUCCAGACAUCAAUAAUGUGGUAGCAUUGGAGAAACUUCACAGACCAAACUAAAGCAGAUAAAACCAGCUAUUACUGCACUUUUGUUAUGUUAAGAAAAUGUUGCAGAAUACACCCACAGUAAAACAUCAGCCUGGAGGCGCCCAGAGGCACUGAGUUCAGCCAGAGCUGAAACAAUAGCAAAUAAUAAUGCAUAUGAAAUUCCCAUGAAUGCUAGGACAAUUUUGCUAAGCAAUCUAAAGCAUUGGUUUAUAAGCUUUCUACUUUCCGCAAAGACUUGCUGGCCAAGAAACCUUGCAUAGGCAACAGCUCCAGGUGGCCCAAGGCUCUUUGCCCCCCCCCCAAUCUUUUUCUUUUUCUUUUUUGAGGGAGCUGGCCCCUCCCCCAAUUGUUGAAGCCUAACAUGAAGCCAGACGUGGAGCGACAUCAGAUUUUGUGUCAGCUCCUCAAUGUUCUUGGGAAUAUGGUGCCUCUGAACCCUUGCAUGGCGGCUGCUCAGAUUCCUGUCCCUUGGGGUCCUGAGUUUUCGUGUCACAUACUGACACAGGCCAUGUACCUUCCAGUCAUUCUUCAUAAUGUUAAGGACUAGAAACUUAUGGACACUUCUCAUAAGGGCAUGGAGCAGGAGUGGUGAGGGAUGUGGUCUGAGAAGAAGGGGCAUGGUCUGGGGAGAAUCCCAGGGGCUAGAUCGAAAGGCCUGGGGAGAGGAGCCACAUUCAUUCCCCCACAAACCUGAGGUUCCAUACUACUGACCUAAUCUGUUUGGAAGAGCUAUCUAAACCAGAGGCUUUCACCUACACACCUUGCAGCAGAGAAUUGCGCCAGGCCUCUUGUGUCUGCUACUAGGAUGACACCUCUAGACUGAGCCUUCAUUCCCCCUUUCUGGUUCUCCCCCUUCUAGCGCAUUACUUUCUGCUGCAAGCCCCAGCCCAACUGGGGUCCCGCCCUAGAGCGCAAUCGUGGAGAAAGAUACCGCAACAUGGUUGACACAGAGAAGGAAAAAGACAUUGAAAUCCCGACUGUGGAUGCCUACGUACACAAACCAGAGUGAAGUGGCCCGUUGGGAGGCAAUUGGCACUCAUGUGCAGCAGAGAGAGUGGGUUUUUUGGGUUUGUGUGAACGGGGUUUUUUUUUAUAUAUAUAAUGGAAGCCAUAUUAUUUAUUCUGAGAACUGUAUAUUGUGAUAGAUCAAUGGACAGCAAGUCAACGGAGCGUGGAGGCAGGUUCUUCGUCGCUAACAUGUACUGCCCUAUUGACCUGCCCAGUUGCUAGAUAUAGUGAGGAAGACAGCAUGUCUCCUGACCCCUUAGCUGGUGCUAAAACUGGUCCAUGCUAUGCAUGGGGAGAGCUGGAAGAAGUUCCAGAGUUUAGUCCCUUUUCCCAGGGGAGGCUGUAACAUAGAUCUUGCUAGGAGUGGGCUCCAUUCCCUAACCCAUCAUGAUCCAUUCCUGUAAUGACCCUGCAGAAAUCCUCCCCGGAGUCUUAAUCCUCCACUGAAAACGUAAGGGCAGCAGCCUUGCCCAUCCUAACAGGCUUUGUGAUAGGAAUACACUUCCAUAAUGCUCGAAGGUGAUUCAGUAUCACACAAGUGCCUUACCUAGAAGAAAGCAUUGUUGAAGUCAGUGGGAUGUAAUCCCAAAUAGAUUAGUUUUUUGACAAUUAGCUAUUGUUUCUGUAUUCCUGUUCCUGGAACUAUGUGUAUGAUACAUCAGAUCUAUAUCUGUAUUUCUGCAUCCAGGCAUUCCAAAUUUGGCACCACAGAAACCUGAGUGAUGUGCGCUUUUUAUUUUAUUUUGCACAAUUUAUUGUUUUUAUCCUCUUGCAAAAUAAUCAUGAUGAUGAUCAGUUUUUCUUGAUGGAUAAGCCAGGUCUCUCCACCCCUCAUGCAGUUGCUAAAGAUCCAGCCAACUCUUUGGCUUUGGGGGAUUUCAGCUGGUGUUUCUGCCACACCUUUAAGCAUAUUGUUACAGUCCCAGCAAUAUAGGCUAGCAGCUUGGUGUUUGGAGUUUGUUUUUCAAAUGCAACACUUCAGAAGCUGGGUCCUGUGCCUAGUGCCAUAUUCUGUGCUUUGUGGCCUUAGUUAGUCUCAGAAAGCCCAGAGUGGCUGGCUGGCCAGCCCACGGACCUGACUUUCACGAUGCUUCUGUUCUGCCUGAUCUUGUAUUGAGCUGGUAAUGGCUGCAAUCUUCUCAAGAGGCUCUUCCUUUCAUUCAUCUUUAUCCCCAUUCUCUCCUGAAUCUCUAAUUUGUGAGUGUCUCUGGAGAGGGUCAUUUUUCUUAAGGAUGUCGCACAAGUGAGUCAGCAGUUGUUUUCUAGUUUUCUUCAAAAAUGCCAUUCUUUAAACCCUCAGGCAACCUGAGUUACAAAGGAACUUUCCCUGAAGCUCCUGCUAUAAGUUUUAUGGCAUCGAAUUUGUUUCCUUCCAAAAGAGAAAAGUGGCUUUAAAUAUAUAUAUAUUAUUUCAGAAUGUUGUUGUUGUUAGAAGAUAACUCAACUGGUAGAGCCUGAGGCUCUUAAUCUCAUGGGUCCAAACCUUUGGUUGGGCAAAAGAUUCCUGCAUUGCAGGGGGUUGGACUAGAUGAUCCUUGUUGUCCCUUCCAACUCUACAGUUCUGUGGUUCUAUAAUGGGAUACAGCAAGAUGUCCAUAGCCUUGUCCCACUGAACACCUGGGAGGGGGAAUGUCCAGCUCUCCAGAUGUUGCUAGACAGCAAUUCCCAUCAUCCCCAGCCACUGCCCAUGCCAGAGAGCUACAGGUUCCCCAUAAUAUCUAGAGGACACCAAUUCUUCAGCCCUGGCCUAUGCUCUGAAAGAUAACAGCCUCUUUGGGCCCAGGGUGGGGGAGCAAGAACACUCUUCCUUUGCCCUAAGUCAUCUCAGUUGAAGAAUGGAAGUGGAGUUGUUUCAUCCUUCUAAUGCAGAGUUUCCCAAACUUGGCUCUCCAGCAGUUUUUGCAUUACAACUCCCACCAUCCUUAGGGAUGGUGGGAAUUUUAGUCCAAAAGCGGCUGGAGACCCAAGUUCGGGAAACACUGCUCUAAUGGAAAGGUAGGCAACACAAUGCACUCCAGAUGUUGAUAGACUCUUAAUUCCCACCAGCCGCAAACAGCUUAGCCAGUGAUGGAACUUGUAGUUCAACAACGUCAGGACAGGCAGCAUUGGCUACUCUGGUUCUGAUGGCAGCCACUAGGAGGGAUCCCAGAAACAGGUCACAUUCACAACAUAAAUUUAAAGCAGGUGCUGAGAAUUGUUAGAAAACCUCUAUUCAACUCACAGAGCAACAAUUUCUAGAGUUCCCUGUGAAGAGGGAUGGUUAAGCCUCUCUAGGAAGUGCAGCUCUGUGAGAGGAACAGGGGUCCCCUAAUAACUCUGUGCCGUUAAAAAACUACAGCUCCCAGAAUUCUUUUUUCUUUUUUGGGUGGGGGGGGGAGAGCCAUAACCGUUUGAAGUGGUGUCAUGGUGCUUUCAACUCAUAGUGUGGAUGUGGCCACCAUUUGUCCCCAGAUGUUUGAUUCUGGGUGGGUGGGUGGUAGAAAAAUGUCGUUGCAAUGUGGCAGGAUGUUCCAGCUGCCGUACCAAGCGGUCGCAUGACCACUAGACCCACCUUCAUUCCAUGUUUCCUGUCAAUUGUAGGCCAAUGUCCUGGAAGUCUACUUUCACUGAAAAGAGUCCUUUAGCUGCCUUCACAGUCCAUGACAUAAAAUAGGGCCAGGGGACUUUCUUUGGCAGGGACACCGAGAAGCUCUGGGUUUCCCCCAGGUGUGUUUUUGUACUGCAAAAAAACAUAUUGUCUGUUUUGGGGAAUGAACAUGUUGCCGUCUCAAAACCAAUAAAAUUUCUGUUUGUUUGUUUUUGACCUGCUUGACCCCUUUCUCCUUCACAGAGCUACAAUUCUCAGAGUGGUUUAACAAUCAGAAUUGUACCUCUGGUAAGCCCUACUACUCAAAAGUAAGCACUGUUAAUGCAAAGAAACUACCUCCCAGGUAAAUCCGCCCAGAAAGGAGAGAAAGUUGCAACUGGAAAUGAAUAGCAGUGACAACGACAACAAAAGAAAGGAGGAAAGGAAGGUUGAGGUUUAGAGGGUUGGGAGACAGGGGAAAGUGGGCUAACCACAAAACCAAGAUUUGGCAAAUACAUGCUGGC